AUGCAGGCAAGCAAAAUAUCACAAAGUAUCUCCUGAACAAAGCCUCAAGCAGAUAGCUGGCUGUGUCAGUGAAUUUUCUAAAUCUAAAGGACAGAAUAUCAUAGGGAGUAUGCAAUCACCAGGGUCUUCUGAAGUUCAGAAAGAGCCCAGGAGAUAAUGUCAUUGGUACAAAACGUUGUCAGAAGAUAAUGGUCUCCUGCUGCUAGAUUAAAGCCUGGGAAGACUGAGCCCUCUUAGCAAAACUACACACAAGCAGAACCAAGCUACUGAUGGUAUUUUCAAAGUAGGAGGCAUUUAUCUUGUAACAACAUCCUAUUUCAUCCACUCUGCUCUUUUGUUGUGGCAGAAUAGAAAAGAACUGUGUCAUUGUUCAGAAUAUGCCUUGCUGUUUUCUGAUUGGUUCAUCUUGCUUUCCAACUUUGCCAUGAUUCUUGGGCUGCUAUCCUAAGCAUGCUUAAAUGGAUGCUUAAACCCCAAUUUAAAUCAAUAAGGCUGCAUUCUUAAACACAUGUACUAAGGAGUAAGCCUGACUGAACACAAUAGGACUGACUUCUGAGUAUACCUAUAUGGGAUUGCACUGUUAUCACUGUCUUCCAAGCAUUUUAAUACUCUACCUUUCUAUUUGCAAACACAAAUUUAUUUCAUGUGAGGAACUCAAUUCCUCUGAAUAUGAUAAAACAAAAGGCAUCUCUAAAACAUAUAUCCUCUGCUCAGCUGAAUUUUAUCAUCAAGAAUGUGUAAAUACAAACAACCAAAUACCACUGCUUGAAAGGGAAUAGCACUGGUGGUACUUUAGUUAUUUGCAGACUAAAUAGCCAGGGCAUAGUUGAGUUUGGCAAGGGGUGUUUUUUAUAUCGAAUAUCUCCACCUUACACCAAAUAUUUCAGCUCAGUGCUGAUCUGUGCUUUAAUAAAUCAGCCAUGCUCAAGAGUAGAUUAUUGUUAUGCUUUAUAUAUCAGUUUAACUUUCAGGAGCAUUCAGUACUAAAUCUACGGUAUGCUGCGUUGAAACACUGGAUCACUGAUGAGCUCUCUUCCAGUGUCACCAGUCUGUAAAAAUAAAAGGUUGUAGCCUUUUAAAUUUUGCACAAAAAGGAAUACCCCAUGACUCUCCUCAAUGGAACCACCACACCUAUUUAUGUAUUUCAUAAGAUUUAUACUCUGCUUGUGUUCCUUUCUUUUUUUAAAAAAAUAAAACAGUAAAAAUCCAUAAAAACAACUCUGUAAAUCAUACAAAACAAUUUAUAGGAUCAGAAAUUGACUUCAGUCUUUUUUUAAAAAAAUCAAACCAGAGCAAUAAUUAACAGCACAACCCUAUGCAUAUUAGCUUGAGGUAAGCCACACUGAACGUUGUGGAACUUAUUUCUGAGUAAACAUAGGAUUCAGUUGUAAUAAUCUAAGCCUGAAAUCCUAUGCAUACUUGCCUAGGAAUAAGUUUCAUUUAACUCCUUAGGACUACUUCUGAAUGGAUAUGCAUAGGAUUGUGUUGUUAGACUCAAUUUGGAUUAUCUUCAAAGUAAGGCAGUAUUUUUUAUGACCACAAACUUUGAAGAUAUGGAUACUGGAAAGUACAGUGUUUCUGCUCAUGAAGGAGUCCUAAUGCUGUUAUGUUAGGCUCAGACCAAGUCUUCCUCUACUUUUGUUCUAAUCAUCAUCCUGACUUAUUCAUUGCCCCCAAUCUUCAGUUUUUGUUGUGUUUGUUAGGUCAAGACGAUUGGCUAGCAUGUGUUUUGUUUUGGUUUUUGCCUAAUAGUAUAAGCUGUUAGUGGCUUUUAUUAAUUUUUUGCCACAUAUGUUAAUCAUGCAUAUGCUCAGCAUGAACCUGUUGUGAGGGAAGAUUAAGAGGAGGGGUGUUGAAUGGAAUGAGUGACAGGCAUAUCUGGGUCGUUUAAGAAAUUAUACUUUGUGGAUGUGACUGUGAGAAAGCCAGAAAAGGACUGGAGAAAAGGAGGAGAGAGAUAUGUAACAGUGUAUUUUGUUUCAAUUUAUUUAUUUUAUUUUAUUUUAGGUUUUGUUGUUAAGGGUAAAUGCAUUCCAUCAGUAUAAUGAAAAAUCAGGGGGCAGUAGGUUCUACAAUUUUUUUUUAGUUUAAAAAAUGUCUCAACAAAUAGAUUUGAAACUUGCCAGUACAAGAAAUUAAGAUUUGAGGACUCUCCGUGACAAAUUUGGGGUAGAAAAGAUAAGAAAUUACUUACUCUGAAUGAGUUAAAGGAUAUUAUGUGUUUUUCUUCUACAGAAUUUGCCGGGGUUGUACUCCAUAAAGAUUUCUUCCUGUGCACUGUGUGCUUUGGAAAAUGGGCUGCUGAUUUAGGUCAAAAGGAAUGUCUAGUAUUUGCUUUCACCUAUGAGUUCUGUAAUAUUAAUUGUUAUUAAAAAUGCUUUUUCCUGGCCAAUGUUAGUCAAUGGACCUGUUAUUCCAUUGUUGCUAAGCAGCAGUUUUUGGCCAGUCUUAGCCUCUGAAGUACAAGAUUCUCAUAGAAUAGGCCUCACUCUUGAAGAGCUUACAGGUCAGGUCAGUCAAGAGGUGAGAUGUUAGGUGUGAAAGGACAGCGAGAAGAAAUCACAAGAGAUGAGUAAAAAUAGUUUGCGAGGCAUGGAGGAAGGGGAAAUGUCUUUAAGGUGCACAGUGGCUGGAUUUCUAACAGGCAGCUUAAAGGCCCUGAGGAGUCUUCACAAAAAAUGGGAAAGAUUUAGGUGGUAACGCUGUGCUGUAUCUGCUGAAUUUUUGUUCUCCAUUCCAACUUUUAAAGACCAGCCAUACCAGUGCUGGCCACCACCCACCCACCCUGCAAAUUCAGGCCUUCUCCUGCACCUUCAAUAACUAUAGAAUGUGCAGAAAUUGGCUAGAGUGGUUGUAGGUCACGGACACCAACAUUGUACUAAUUGCACUUGUAACACAAAGGUAGUGGUGAAGAUGGAACUAACUACAGAACUAUAGAAUACCAUACCAUAUCAAUCUUGCCUAAAUUACAUACCUGCAGCUUAGCAGUUGUAAUUUCCUGACAUUUUGGAGCUUAUGUAAAGAUGGAAAGCCCAACAUACUAAAGCAAAAUAUUUAUUGAACAAACACUGAAAACUGGAAUUCUGCCAUACCAUGAAGAGGGAGAAGGAAUCCCAGUGAAGUACAGUGAUACCCUAUUGGCCGGGCACAUGGGUGCUCUUUGGGAAAUAAGCUCUUUAGGAAACAACUGCCACCUCAAAGGUCCUAACUAUUUGGCAAUGUGUGAUUUCUCUCUCUCUCUUCCUCCACCCCCCCUCCACAAUUGUUUUACCUCAAAUGAAAGGCCCUUGUUUUGUUUUUGUUUCAAUUACAGUGCAAGUUGGAGUUUCAUGCGUGCACAUCUGGCAAAAACAUUGCAGCUCGCUGUGAAGGGCCUUGCCCAUGCCUUCCAGGACAGGAAAGUCUAAAGCACAAGGCCGAGAAAACUGGUGAGUUGAUCUGUUGACUUUGAUAUAAAAUGUCAUUCUAAUUACUUUUGCUGUUGGUAUGCUGUCCAGUCCAAUCCAUAUUUACUCCGAAGAGAGAUCCACUAAGUUCAGUGAGACUUACCGUACUUUCAAGCAUAUGGCUGUUCUAUGUGGUGGCAAUAGAAUUGCAAGUCCUGGGGCUCUUUUGUUAUGACUUGUGAAGAACGUGGAAAAGGCCUCUAGCCCAAACAUUCUGGAAUCCUAGAUGAGUGAUUUUCAAAUACUGAAUGGGUCACUGGAGCCUUGCAGUUGAAUUGAUAUGCUACUGCAAGUUCAUGUGAAGGGUAGUACAUCAGAAGAAGGUGGCAGGAAUGUGUGUAACAGCUUUGUCAGUGUGGGAACCAAGGGCUGGGCUGCGGAGAGAAAAAAUGCAACUUCCUAUUGGUAGAACCCUCUGCAGAAAUUUUCUGACUUUUUUAGACCAUUUGUCUUUGACUGGUGUUUUGGGACACGCUAUACAGCGAAAUCCUAUACAUGUCUAGAAGAAAGUCCUGUUAAGUUAAAUGUGGAGCUUACUCUCACGUAAGUUCUGUAGUAUAAGAUUGCAGUCUGAAAGUGGGUUGCAGCACUAUCACCAUGCAAAUAAAUGUUUGAAAAUUAGGAAGUGGGUCACCAAAUGCAUGUUUCAGCUAAAGGCAGCCCCUGAGUCUACUAAGAGUUAGGACUACUGUUCUGCAUGAGUUCUAAGAACAUUUCUUGUUUCUCAAACAUUCAGUGUGUCUCAAACUUUGCGAAACGCCAUCAACAGGUGUGUUAAAAAAUACUAACUGGGCAAUCAGCAGAGUGGCUAGCCCAGUGACCAUUGCAGCAUUCCCAGCUAAUGGAAUAGAAGAAAACAGAGUAUCCAUGUCUAUCCUAAGCCUUCACUUAUUGCCACCUCCACCAAUGGCCUCUGGUUUUCCUCUCUCACAUCACUAAUGAGCCCAAUGAGGACACAUGCCAGCCCUGUUUAGGUUUCCGAAUCAUUAACACGAUGAGGGUUUGUGAGGAUGAGCACACUGGCGAAUAACCCAUCAUUGCCCCUUUGCCCUACAUUAGUUCAAAGAAUAACUUCUGGGUAGGGAGAUUUUUCUACUCAUGUAGGUUCCUUGUGUGAUUCAGAACCCUGAUUUUCCAAGAUUCUAAAUUGCGCACUGAAAAUUGUAGAAAAAACAACCUAUAUGUAAAAGGAUAUCUUUAUUGUAUUGUUAUUUUUUAUUGUUUUUUAGACCCAAGGAAGAUGAUAUUAUGCUGCAGCUAUUGUUCUAAAUAACAGCAUUUAAUUUGGCUGCUCCUCUUAAAGAUUGCAUCAUUAUUUCUCCUGUUCACCACAUUUUAUCAAAUUUUGAGAAAGCAUUUUCCAUGGUAUGGUCACCCAAUAUUACACAUGUGUUUAGUAAUCCCUGAUGUGGCUGGGAUGGUUUUGGAAAAAAACCUCACUGAUAAAUUGCCACAUUUUUAUUUUCUUUUUUUCUUCUCUUAAACAAAUACACAUGCACACCCAUUGCCUCACAUUAUCUGCUCUCUCUAUGCCCUUUCACAUGCCCUUAUCAGAGGCUGUAUCAUAUUAAUAAAUCUCCAGUGACAUUUUAAGCUCACAAUUUCAUUCACAUAACAGAAUAAUUUCUAAUAACCAUUAGGUUGAUAAAUGCAAUUUGACAGGAUGUACGUAUUCAGCAGGGCAAGCUUUUGUUUUGCUUGAAUCUCUGAUUAGUUAAUUCUGCUGUGCAGAGCACAUUGUGAUGUGUUCACUCUCUUUCUGGAAACACAACUUCUCAAGUGAUUGAGACAAUAAUUAUUUUGGAGUUGGUUCUCUUAAUGACCAUCCUGUAUGUUACUCUUACAAUUAGUGCAUGUGUGUAACUGAUCUACCCAUUUUUCCAAUCACUGUACUGCUCUCUUAUGUGGCCUGUGGCCAAUGCAGGUGUCAAAAUCCACACCCAUGACGUUUUGGGCUUUAACUGAUUGUCCCAAGGACUCAAAAGUGGCAUGGGCUGCAAGGCCAGCUCCUGUAGUAAACUGCAGUGGUAGAAAUGAGGGCCUUCUUUCCACCCCCACUACAACCAAUGUGUUCUGUGGAUUCACCGAUGCCUGUAAAUAAAGUUAUGGCCUAGUGAUAUUCCAAGACUGGGGCCUGCCUCUUUCUUGCCAAUCACAAUACAAAGGUGUUGCUUAUCUCAGCCAUCUCACAAAGGUGUCAGGUUUUCUUCUUCUGGCAACCAAGGUAGGCAGCAGUGACCAGAAGCAGAUUGGCUAGUGGGACGGAGCUAUAGCAAUAGCCUCCCAGCAGCACUGUUGUGGCUGCCUACCAGAAUGGAGAUGGUGAAACAGAGAGUGGCACCAAUCCAACACUCCUACCACUAUGCUCACACAGCCCCAACCUCAGUUCUGCCUCGCUCUCCCUUCUUCCAGUAAGCAACAGCAGUGCCACUGCUAUGAGGCUUUUUCUCCUGCUACACCCACCUCUCGCAAUGGAGGUGCCCACACAGAUCAAUAUUGCUGCCUCUGUUGGCUGGGGAAAGCAGAUGGCUGCUUCUUUUGAAUAACUAAGAACUGUGGACGGAAGAACUGUAACGAGCAUCCUUUUCUUUGAGAAGGGCCAGAGCUCAGUGAUGGAGUAUCUGCUUUGCAUGCAGAAUGUCCCACAUUAAAGCUAUGGCAUCCAUAGAUAAAGCUGAGAAACACAACUGCCUGAAACACUGUAGAACCACUGCCAGUCAAUCCAGACAAUAUUGAGCUAGAUGGACCAAUGGUCUGCUCAUGGAGGAUAUAUUUCUCUGGCCAAAACUGCUGGGAUCAAAAAAAAACUUGAUGUGGCUUAUUGCUGGUGGUUGUGCAAUUCCUGCAUCUCUAACAUUGCCUUUGAGACCUAGCCUCUGCCCACUCGCAGUAUCUCCCUGAUCACACCCACCCACCCACUUAUGCACAGAAUAUUUUAUAAUGUCUCUCCCUAUAAAGCUAGCAAUUUGGUGUCCUGCCUGCAGUUCUGUUAUGUAAUUAGCAUGGUCCAGUUUGUGCUGAGAUAAUGUAAAUAGAAAGUCUCUCAGAGAUUAAUUUAUUUUCUCAAUAAGAGUGUCAGGUACAAAAUUCCUUUAACUGAAAUUUGCUGACAGGUGAUGCAGUAUUUCCAUCACUUAUGAGAAGCUGAAUUUGUGAAAUCUAUUCAGACAUGACCAUAUUGCUAAGCAGAAAUAAAAGAAGGCAGUGCUGAAACCGGUGCUUCAAUAGAGGGAUGUUAGUGGGAAACUACUGAACAGAAUUACAGUGUCAGAGUUCUGAGCAAAAUGGAAGCAUGCCUCACCAAACUGCUGCAUAAGCUUUCUUAAUCCAUUUAUAUGAGUUAAAUAUAUGUAAUUUUAAACUUCUAAUUUCCAGGCUUCCACCUUGUUCCGCAUAUGUGCACUUAGUUGAGCACAAUUAUGAUUCUAAGUUAAAGGUAUAAAGAAACAUUUAAUCUCCAGGGUGCUAUUAGAUUAGUCUUAAAAAAACAAAACCAAAAAAAUGCCAUGUGAAUGAAAAACAGAGAGAGCAGUAUCGGUGUGGCUUACCUGAGGGGGGAUCUCAGAUGAUAUUAUUGGAAAAUGUUUGCAAUUUAAGCAACCACCAUCUUACAGAUCUUUCCCUUCUACUCAAAAUUCUGUUGUGCAAUUUUAUCCCACCCAUGUUGCUUCUUAAUUCAUGUGUUUUUCUAGUGGCAAGAGAUCCCACUAUAGGAAAGCAGCUAACACAACUCCCAACAAGGUGAAUGGGGCUUGACAGGUGUGCUUUGAAAUAAAACAUUGCUUUUAGUAACUUAGAGCAUCUCCAUGGAGCCUCAGAUAAGAGAAUCAGAGCUUCAAACUUAGGGGUGCAAAACAGCCUGAUGGCCACCUUCCAAUGGCCGCAGGCCAGCGGGGCAGCAACAAAGGCAAAAGUGGGCAUAGGAAGGAAUGUGAAUCUUACAGUAGGCUAGUUUCUAUCCACACUCACAUACCCUUCUCUGUCCUCCAAUCAGGCAAGCACAUUCCACUUUCACCUUGAUGGGAAGUCAGUGGCUCUGGUGGGAAGUGGCAGCUGGAUUUGGCAUCCUUAUUUAGAAUCUGAACGGAUCCACCAUCGCAGCUUGUGGUAUGGCACCUUGGCCAUACCAAGUCUGGUGCUGCAGAGCUGGCAAGGACACCAUGAACCUGACAUGGAACACCUGCGGUCCACAAAUGCUUCCUGUUGCAUGCCAAGGGGUGACAGGAAUGGAGAAACAGGACCCUGGACAGUACCAUUGCAGGCCCUUACUGCUAACAUUUGAUGUGUGGUGCAGGAAAUUUGGUGUAGCUCAUUCAUUUAGUCUGCAGCUUUCCUGGGAGUAAGGAAACCAGUAUGCCCUGCAUGAGACAAGAUUAUAUAGCACUGGCCUGAUUUAGCUGCAGAGACCCAUACUAUGAAUGAUUUGAUUGGAGCUAAAUUUGUAAAAAUUAUGCUGCACAUCUUUCAUGGGUCUCUUUCAGGAUCUAUUUUGCAACCCCCAUUGAGUUGACUGGAAGUGUAUUAGCUGCAGUGCCUGAUUGAUUACAGUUCUGGUCUGAAGAAGGGUAAACUGGACUAAGAAUUUCUUUAAUAAUAGCUCCCUGUUAACAUCAGCACCCAGUAUCACUAAGGCGUUCACAUCAUCAUAAUCAUUUCAUUUGAAUUAUAAGAUGGUAAGAAGGAAAAUUAAAGGACGAUUUGUCACUGUAAUGAUAUAUGCUCUCUGCAUUGUCUGGUAUUCUGCAGUAAAAUCUUUGAAGAGACAAGCAAAUUGUAUUCUUUGGUCCCUGUGUUUUGAAAAUUGGAUUUUGCUCAGUUCUCCAAGAAGCAAAACCCUCAUAGUGAUGCUGUAUUACAAAUGGCAUAUUUUUAAAGUGAAAGCAAAUGUUUAAUCCACAUUCUCUGCCUGCCUGCCUGCCUGCCUGCCUGCUUGUGGCACACAAACUUUGAAGUUCAUCAAAACAUGGGGUCUGUGCUUCAUUAUUAACAACAGCACCGGGCCUUACAGUCUGUUUUGGUGACCAUUUCCAACUCAGCUGUUGAAAGAUAAAGUUUUAUUUGUAAUCAGCUCUUGUUAGCUGCCCUUUCAGACAGUAUGCCCCUGCUUCCUGCAACAAAUUCAGUACAGGAAAUAUUUCAGCAAGGCAAGGGAAUGAAUACUGAAGUUUAAAACAAGAGUCUGUGGUCAUUUAAUAGUGUUGAGAGGUUCUAGUCCAAGCCUAUGUGCUAAGAGAGAGUUAAUCACAGAGCAGUACUUGCCUCCCUAUCUACCCACAAAUCAGCACCACAGUGUGUUGCAGAGAGAGAAAAUGGAAUGGGGCAGGGUAUCUCAUGAAUGACAGUAAAUAUUAUGGAGCUGGUCCAAAGUUCCUUGGUUGCUCUGAUUUGGUAUUCAUUCAUUUAUUAAACUUUUUUAAUUGCCCUUCAACCAAAUAGAUCCCAGGGCAAUUAGCAAGAUGAUAAUCAGACACCAACUGGGGAAAAAAAGUUAAACAAAUUAUUGAAACAACACUGCAAGAUAUAGCAGCAAACAUAAAAUGCAGCUUAAAAUGCACAACCUUCACAAUACUGGACAAUUCUAACCAGUUUUCCUCAAAAGCCAGAUGAACAGAUGUGUCUUGAUGCAUUGUCAGAAGCCCAAGAAGAAGGAAUUCCACAGCCAGAGUGCCACUACAGAGAAGGCCCUGUUCUGUGCAACCACAUAAGGGACAAUCCCUGCUGGUGAGAAGAGAAAUGCCCCUUCUGCUGAUCUCAGAUCCAGAUAGGGGAAGGUGUUGCAUCAGAUCCCAAACUAAUGUGAACUUCUUAAAUUAAUCCCAGUAGCAUUUAGCCAGCCAAUGCAGAUAUAUCAAAAUAAAUUUAACAUGAUUCCACACAGAUGUGCUAGUCAGCAUCCUUACAGAAGAAUUAUGCACUACCUGAAGUUUUCGGAAUGUCCUCAACCCCACAUAGAGCACGUUGCAGUAAUCUGGAUAUUAGAGUGUUGAGUAAAGACUCCUCAGACUUUCCAGACCCAGGGCCCACCUUAUCACAUUUGUGUCUCUAAGUUUUCUGCCAUUAUGGAAAAAUGAGAGUUCUAGAGAGUUCUUCAUGUGCCACUGGAGGGAAGCAGAUGAGCAGCACUGACUAAGUCUCUUACUGGCAGUGUUGCAGCUUCUGUUGAACUACUGUAAUAGCAAUUAAGCAACAGAAUAACUUAAUUUGCCAUUGGUAUGUUUGUUUUGUAAGGCUAUAAAAUUGGCACAAUUGUAAUUGGCACAAGUACAAAGCUACAGUUGUAGUUUUGCUGUUUUCAUUUUCUUUUGUUUCUCACAACCUUUUAUCAGAAGGGGACCGAAUGUGUAUUACAAUAAAUUUCACAAGCAUCUAUUGUUAUCACAACUUCAGUUUGAGGCACUAGGCAAAACUUUUUUUUUUUUAAAGCUCUCUCAAGCUCUUAAAUAAGUGACAUUUCAAUUCCAUAAAGUUAGCGUAUAAUACAAGAAGGGGCAAUACUGUAAAUUAAGUGAUGACCCUUAAAGAAGAAACAGCUGGCAAUCCCAAAGGAAUAUACCUUGGCAAGUGCUGAAUUUUAAAAUGGCAAUCGGUGUACUCGGCAAUCUGUUUUUAUGCCCUUCUGUAACCUCUGUCACCAGACUAACCUAUAACAGUACUUCCUAUGUCUUUCUAACUUUGUGUUCUUUAGCUUGUCUAGCUGGUAAUAUACUAUACUUUUUUAAAAUACCAGUUUCUGUGUGUAUUUCAUUUGUCCAUGGAUAUAUGCAAUAAUUCAGCAACAGCAGUCUUUACGACAUAACAUUUAUGUGACUACAGCAACAGCAGUAAGUGGCAAUGGGGCAGUUUCCUCCAUUGCACCUGAGGGCACCAGUUAUGGGGGUGCAGGACAGGCCAUGUGAUACACACAGCUCUGUCCUCUGACAAAAGAGUACAUCCAGGGGGUUCAGGAACAACAUUCAGAGGGCAGUGCUUGCCACCUAGCAUCUACUGUCUGAGAUGGUUCCUUACUCUGCCUAAAGGUAGGCCCAGUCCAGCCCCUUCCUGCUUUAAUUCAUAUCAGGAAAAUGGGGGAAAAGAAGCAUUUGGGCCAUACAGGUAUAUGGCAUACCGAUCUUCCAACUUCCUGUCUGAAAGUCCAGUCACUGUAGAAGAAUGCAGAUACAGCUUAUAUUGAUGACUUCCCCUCUAAAUGUUACACACUAAAGUGCACAUCCUGUUCACGGUGGAGUGACUGUCCUAUUGUUUGUGCUCAACUACCUGUCUUCUCCUCUAUUGAGUUGCAAGUCAGCUACAUUUUAUGAGCUAAUCAAUGACAGUUAACUCAUUUCCAUUCAAUUUCAAUGGACUUUCUUUAAUCAGCAUUAUUUACCUAACAUCCAUCAGAAUAUAGUAAGUGGUUGUGCUGUAUUUCAGAACCAAGAGAGAAAAAAUUUCCCAGACAUGAAAUCGAAAUGUCAUGAGCCUGAAUACUGCAGGAUGACAUAAACCUUUAGGACUUCUGCUCAGAAAACUUUGACACCCCUAGAACAACGGCUUUAUCUUUCUUUUUUUAAGAAGGAAUUAUAGAAAGGAGGAAGAGGAGCCUCCAAGAAUCUAUGCAUUCAAGUAACCUACACCAACUCAAGCUAAAUUAUUGGACUAAAUCCCCUUUCAAUACCAUUAUUGUAGUGAAGAACUGUAAAGCAAAUUUCUGAACAGCCAGUGCUUGGACCACUGUUUUAAAUCAAAGGAGCUUUAAUAAUCAGUAUGUUUUGAACAUAUGACUCAGUAACAUGAGUGUUAUGGCAGCCACCUGUCUUUCAUCUCGAAAUGCCACAAAACCUCUUAACUGAAGGUCCCCACCCAACUUUCCUCAUGAGUUUGGGAGAUUUUGCCCUAAAGCCUCCCUAAAAGCUCCUAUUAAUAAUGUAUUUGAGUCAUAUCUUCAAAGGACACCCUACAGAUUUAAACAGCGGCCCUUCUAUUAUACUGCUUUGGCAUAUGUGGGCUGUUCAUGGCUUUCCAACUUUCUCUUUGCCUCACUUUUUUGGCUCAUAUUUGAACAUAAUUGUUAGAGACUAUGCAGAGGCAUAAGAAAGAAGCUCAAGGUUUUGGAAAUUCUUAUAGCUUCAGUGGGGUACAUUUUAUAAAAAAUGGUUCCCAAUUCCAGCACAUUAUUAAUGCUCUUCAUGCAGCUGUAACUUUGUCUAUGCCUGAUGCGGCACUCACCGAUAUUAUACCAAAUUGUUGGCAGAUCAUAAUGUUAAUUUGAAAACAAAUGCUUUAAAUGCUCUUUCUCUAAGUAUGUGCCAUUGUAGGUGUUUUACUCUGGAACGCUGGCUGCCUAAUAAGCUUUAUUGCGUUUCGAAGCAUAAACCUGGAAUUGAUUCUGCUCUUUGUAAUGCUGUUUUCCCCAGAGGGGAUAUUAAUACUUUACAAAAAGAAAAUAAAUUAAAAUAGGUUUGUUUACUUUCAACAGCCCAUCAAAGGAGCUGUUUCACUUGGUAUGAACGAGAUUGUCUUUUACACGAAGAUGAAAUAGAGAGCCAAAGUGUACUUUUCAGGGGCUAUUUUGCAUAUUGAACUGUCUCAAAAGGUAUUCACAGUAAGUUAUAAAACACUUAUGUAAGACUAGACUAGGGGUGGACAAACCUGUCAGUCUGGGUUUUUCUCCAUUCUCUCUCUCUCUCCCCCUCUCCCCAGUACAGUGGUGCCCCGCAAGACGAAUGCUUCGCAAGACGGAAAACCCGCUAGACGAAAGGGUUUUCCGUUUUUGAGUUGCUUCGCAGGACAAAUUUCCCUAUGGGCUUGCUUCGCAAGACGAAAAUGUCUUGCGAGUCUUGAGAUUUUUUUUCGCUUCCCCUUUAUCUAAGCCGCUAAGCCUUUAAUAGCCUUUUAGCAGCUAAUCUGCUAAGCCGAUAAGCCUUUAAUAGCCGCUAAACCGCUAAUAGCGCUAAUCCGCUAAGCCACUAAUAGGGUUGCUUCACAAGACGAAAAAACCACUAGACGAAGACACUCGCGGAACGGAUUAAUUUCGUCUUGCAAGGCACCACUGUAUUUGGGGUAAAAGCCUGUGUACUGCAAUUUUGCCUGGUGUAUAUGUAUUUUGUGGGCACUUUUCAUUAAUACAGUGGUACCUCGGGUUACAGACGCUUCAGGUUACAGACUCCGCUAACCCAGAAAUAGUACCUCGGGUUAAGAACUUUGCUGCAGGAUGAGAACAGAAAUCGUGUGGCCGUGGCGUGGCGGCAGCAGGAGUCCCCAUUAGCUAAAGUGGUACCUCAGGUUAAGAACAGUUUCAGGUUAAGAACGGACCUCCAGAACGAAUUAAGUUCUUAACCCGAGGUACCACUCUAUACAUUUUCAGUAUGCAUUGUUUGGGUGGGGGACUAGAAAACCUGAAAUUCAGAGCAAUGUGAAUUCAGGAACCAAUAUAAUAAUAAUAAUAAUAAUAAUAAUAAUAAUAAUAAUAAUAAUAAAUGCUCUAGGGGUUCUCCAGACCCCUCUGAACCAAUUUCAGGGGGAGUAGAUAAAUAGGUACUGCUCCGGCGGGAAGGUAAACGGCGUUUCCGCGUGCUGCUCUGGUUCGCCAGAAGCGGCUUAGUCCUGCUGGCCACAUGACCCGGAAGCUGUAUGCCGGCUCCCUCAGCCAAUAAAGCAAGAUGAACACCGCAACCCCAGAGUCGCUCACGACUGGACCUAAUGGUCAGGGGUCCCUUUACCUUUAAGGCCACUCAGGGGGAGGAGAGGGGAGAAGUCUUGCUGCACUGGUGGAAAUCUGUAAGCAGGUUUUAGAUAGCAGGACUAGUUCGUUGAUUCCUGCCCAUAAUAUUUAGAUUGGGCUCAGAGUAUUAUUGAAGAUUAAUUUCAGAGUUGCAUAAAAUGUUUGGAAUGUGGCAAAUCUGCUCUAGGAAAUACAUUAUCACACUAUAGGUACACACUGCUCAAAGAGCAUUGACUGACUCUGACUCCAUGUUGACUGUACACUCAGUGGCAAAUCUGGGUUCUCCUUUGCUUCUGUGAAAAAUGGUCCCUACCAUACCUCCCAGAAUUGCUUCACAAUUGCUUUCUUCAAGGGUACAUUGUAGAAGGUUUUACAAGCAAAAAGUGGGAAUGCAAAAACGUAGUGUGUAUUAAGUUAUGUGUUCCUAGAGAUACACUUGCAAAGAGACAGGGUUGAUUGUGUCUCCCUUCCAAAGGAACACUAGGCAUUUACUUGACUUAUUGGUAAAAGAUUGGAGAUUGUGUGUUCAAAUCCUUCAGAUGAUCCAGUUUCCUGUAGGCUCCCCUGAACUGUGAUUCUGAAAAGGAAAAGGAAAAACACUGCUGGGUUAAACUGCAGGUGACAGUCUUCUCAAUGACUCUGCUGAUCAAUGGAAGUAGUAGCAAGGAGUAUUAAGCCUUUUUCUGUUUCAGUUGAGCCUUAUUUGAGGAACAAGGUCUUCCUGAUCCUUGGUUAUUCUUAAGUGAUGACUCCUCUUUGAUUCUGUCUCCUGAUUUUUCCUACGGUUCUGAUAUGUCUCCUGAUUUGUCUGCUGGCUCUGACUUGCUCUUCAGUUCUAACUCUUGGCUGGGCCCAUGGCUCUUGGCAGACUGUAUAUGAAAGACAGUAUAUAUCACAUACCUGAGAACAGUGAUGUUGCUGCUAGGAUGUUAUCAAAUAUUUUGGAAGAAUGUGCAUGUGUCCUGAUAAACAACAACACAGAGGUUAUAUAUAAGGACAGCUGAGAUUCCCAGUUGUCACAGGUCCUGGAAUGUCCUUGGGAAGGUGUCAUGGCCUUAUGCCCUAGCCAGCAAUUAUUGUAAUCGAACCAAUAUGAUGGUAGAGACCUGAGCAGAAAGACUAUUUAGAACAGAUUUUAUUAAAGCAAAGCAUAACACUGUGAUAUGAUAAAUUUUAAAAUCGUAAGUUUUGUAACUUUAAAAAUAAUUUAUGCUGCAUAUACACUUUUUAUGGCUCAGCAUCUGUUCACAUUACAACUGCUUCAACUCACAAAAUUGGAGAGAACAAAUUCUGUACCGCUUAGGAGUUGACUGAUCAGUGAGUUACUCCUAUGGUCUCUCAUAAUGAUGAUAUUUUGAUGCCAGCUCAUCUCAACACUGGAAGAUUUGAAUAUUAAAAUAGUAGAAUGCCAGUUUGGGGGCACGAUUCAACUACAUGAAGAUGGAAGCAAUUUUGAUCCUCCAGCAAACAAAAUGCCUUGUUAGGCCUCAGGAUUUGACCUCCCCCCAAGAAAUUUCUCAAAUAAUGAGAUUGUAAUUUACUUAAGCAAAGUUGAUAAUCAUGAAAUUUCUCAAAGGCAUAACAAAGACAAGAUUAUCAAUUGACUCUUCUUAUCUCUUUGCCAUUCAUAGUUUUGUUAACAGUACACAUACUGAGUAAGAAACAUCAUGGCAGCUGGCAUGGAGAAGGACUAUAAAUUAUGUCAGCCCACAGUACCACACGAAACAAAUGAAGACAAGUGAAACUAAAUGAUUCCAAGGGUCCAUACAAACCUUUACAUUUGUCAAUAAGUCUGAAGUUGUUAUUUCAAGUAGUUUUAGAUUUAGAUUAGUUAUGGUCAGAACAAGAUGUCCAAACCAUGCUGUUUUCUAGGAGAGGAUCACUAACAAAACAAUCCUAUCGUCAGGAGCCAAUCUGACAUAGACUCUGAGACCAUCUCAUCCAAGGAAGAAGCUUGUGACUCCAUAAAAGGCCCAGAUUGCUCAUUAAGCAUCUCAGUUCACCUUGUGUUAUGGAUACCUUGUCUGGGACCUGCGAUAAGCCCCUACACCAUGUCAUGGGUCCAGACUUUCCCCUUUCAUGCAUACACACAGGACCACAGGUGCUAAGAUGAAAGUGGGUCUCAGUUCUGGUCCUUAUGUAGCCAAAAUGAUACCAUCCGUAGAGAAGAGAGAUCAGCAUGCUUGAAUGAAGUACAAAGAUCCCUCCUAUGAUCAGGGGCCGAGGAAGGGGGGCAGUGGGGGCGGACCACCCGGGUGUCUUCGCUGAGGGGCUUGACAUUUGGCACGGGCGGCGCACCAAAUGUCUGCCAUCGGCGACUCACUCCACCCCCGUGGGUGGCUCACUCCGCCCCUGGCCGCAGGGCGCCCGUGCCUCUCCAUGCACCCGAGCCUCUAUCCCGCACCUGGGAGGGCCCCCUCCAUGCCCUGCCCCCCUCGGGAGCACGCCCACCCUGGGCAGUGCGGGCAUAUGCUCCGUCGCUGCAUAUGACCAGAAACAAAUCCUAAGGAGGCGAACAACAAUGCUGCAAAACAGUCCAGUGAGAACUGUGCAUGCUCUGUGGGCACAGAAUGUCAAUUGAGUAUUGCCAGUUUUUUGGGGGGGGGCAGAAAACCAUGGGGGAGGGGGAUGGAAUGAAGUGGCUGGAGCCCUUGACAGAACUGAAAGGAAGCAUCCCCACAAUGCAUUUUUUUGUGGCAGCUCCCAGUUGCACUUCCAGAUUCCAGUGUGCUAGAUAACAAGAGUGUGCACAGCACAACAGAUGUGACUAAAACUUAGUUCAUAUUAUCUUAGUGAUGUUAACUCAUGGAUAUAGGCACAGAACCAAUUUAAGAAUAGAAAAGGAGCAUACUGGAGCUGACAUGCCAGUUGCCUGUUUCCAGGGGAGUAAAGUGGCCCCUUUGUUGUGGAGAUUAAUACGUACUAUUCUAAGACAUUGUUUGCAUCUAUUAUUUCUGUUGGCUGGUUUUUGAUCCCUAAAGUACUGGGAUAAAAAAUGCACUCUUCUUUGCUUGCGAGCACUUCCAAGCGCAACUGACAACAACAUCCCAGUGAGUCGCUUAUUUCAAUUCUGAUAUUUUAACUUAACUGAAGGAGUACCACAGCUAAUGGAAAUAUUCCCCAAGCCUUGGAUUAUUGUACACGCCAACUUAGCAGCCUCAGGCUCUGAAAAUAUGGUUUGAAUAAAAAAUAAUAUUUUAGGAGUUUUAAUACAGGCAAUGAUUAGAUGUGCCUUGCCCCAGCAAGCAUCUUCAUAAUUUUCAAGUCAAUUUAUUUUCCCUGAUAGAAGGCUUUGAGUACUGUGUGAGACAGUUCUUCUAGCAAUAGAAAAGAGCACAGAAAGAUGGAAAACAAUAUGGACUCUGAAGCUGUGUCUGUAAUGUUGCAUGGAUUAUGCAUGGAGCUUUGCCCUAGUGGGAUAUUAUUGUAGAGAUUUAAAACAAUCCUUCAUGCCCUUCAAAGAAAACUACUUUAAUUCAGAUUCUUUGCUCAGUAAGGUUCUCUGAUGUUAAACCCAAAAGGAACAUGUUUAUCAACUGUUUUGGUGGGUGCAGAGGCAGGCCGGGGCCGGGAGGAUGGUAGGGAAAUGGCUGUUCCAUUUUUCACUGAAAAGCAGUCCCAUGUGUGAGAGUUUUUAAACCUUUAUUUUGUAUCUCUGAACACAAUGCUAAAAGUAAUGACAGAAAAUAGUGCUUUUGGUGACUUAUGCAAGUGUGCCUACCCUAUGGAAUACUAAUACAUGCAGCAUAUAAGAUAUAAUUAGCAGGGCUGCCUGGUUAAUUAGUUUUAAAAUGUAUACAGUAUAUAUACAUUUUUUAGUUUUGAAAAAUGUAUAUAUUGCUAAUGUAUUCCCCCCUCCCUUUAGUGUUAAUGUAUCUGUGUUGGGGAAAUUGCAAGUUGCUUUGGGUUGCCCUAAGUAAGAUAAAGCGACUAACAAAUUUAAUUAAUAAUAACGCAUAUAUAAAAUAUUUUAGCAGUGAUGAGCGAGUAUAAAACCACAGUUAAAUCUGAGAAAGAUAUAAAAGCAAACAUCUUGUGGGAGCUCUACAAACCUUUACAUCAAACUUGCCCUUUCAGAAGAAAAGAGGGUAGCCAUCCCUACUCCCCCAAGCGGUGAAAUAAAAUAUGAUAGCCAGUUUUCAAACAGCUUGUCAAUCUCUCCUAUACAUACACAAGUUCGUUCUCUGCUUGAGAGAUAACAGAACUAGAUAUGGUGCAGUCUGUCGUAUUCUGAGAAAUUGCUGUUCGUCAGGCCCUCACACCUGAGGUGCUAUCUCUGUUGUACUAUCUAAGAGAAAUAUUUUUAGCUAACGAUUCAUCUCUGACUCUGGACUUCAGCUGCAGUAAUGUGAGCAGAGGUGCCUGCUAUACAAGGAGACCUGGUGUAAGUAGUCUGAGAAUCAGAGAGAUUGCCAGAUCAUCACAUUCAAUCACUAUGGCAGAAUUGCUAAAGGAUAAGACUAGGGAAGCAGACUUCACUUUUCUUCAGCUAGUUCUUCACUCAGUACCAUAGUACCGUUUACCUGACAUAAUGUUUUCCCUCUGCAGAAAAAUAAAAUAACCAUGAAAAUAACAGAAUGCAAAUGAACACGAAUUUUAAAGGAGGGAUCUGUGAUCUAGAGACUAGAGUGCUUCGUGAUCUCUCCUUCAAAUCCAUGUGGAUAUUGUGCUUCUCCAGUGAAAUGGUUUUCCCAAAGAAGAAAAACAUUUGAAACAGAAUCAGUCCACAGAGAACGAUUAUAUUCCUAUGAGCAAUGCCAUGUGUUCUUGACAGCAUAGCUACAGUGGGUACUUCUCCCUCUGAAAGAAUCCCAUGUGGCACCAACUCACCUGGGAGAUGAUGCUAUGGAGCAAUUGAACUUAUAGCCUUGGAAAAUAGUUGUUGUUGAUUCUCAGAAAACAGUGCUGCAGGUUUAAAGCUGUAGAGCAGGGUUGAUGAUUGUUGCAAUUGUGCACAUACAUCAGGUUAUCCCCUUAAAAGUGUGUAUUCGUGAAUAGCCUCCAAAAGAUAGUUUCAAAAAUAAAUAAAUAAUCUAUCAGCUCAGUGUACUUGGUGCAGAUGUGUCAUGUUUAGCAAUUUACAUUGAGCACAGCAUAUUAGACUAAUUCUGUGUGUGUGUGUGUGUGAGAGAGAGAGAGAGAGAGAGAGAGAGAGAGAGAGAGAGGUCUCUAGGCUCUUCAGAAUUGUGGGAUAAUUGCCAUUUGUUUUUCUCCUUCACCUUUCUGCUCUUUUGAAAACAACUAGCAUUCCGCAAGGGGAUUUCAGUGAUGAAAGGUGAAGUGAAGACUCCACUGGCAAUUGGAUAUUUUGGCUUAGUAGAGUCAUUGCUGCUUGAAAGAGAAAUUGGCUUCCCUAGAGAAUAUGUGGGCAAUAAAGAAAUAAAGUCACAGAUGAGUUUGUAUAAGAGCACAUAAAAACUCACCCCUUUUGUCAUAGUCAUCUAUGUGGGGAAACAGAGAACUAAAUGGCUCACUAGUAGCAUGACCGUUAUAUUUGUUUAAGUCAUUUUACAAAUCCACACCUCUUUUAGAAGUGUUUAUUUCCCUGAGGAGACAAGCAAAGGGUUCUGUCUUACAAGUCAAGUAUGCCAGCCUGUAACAGGAUUAAAUGGUGCUUUGCUGUUGGACUGAAGUAUGAAAAAUGCCCUUAGCAUUAGGUCAGGAUGUGAGGAAGUACUCUGGAGAAAUCAAGCUGACCUGGGGGCUACAAUUUUAAGCCUUGCCAGAAGAUGUCUGUUUGGGCUUUCAGGACUGCUUAAGGAAGUUAUGGAUCUAAAAAUUCCCUUGGUGAUUAGGUUAAAUAUGCCUUUGAUAGUCCAACUGUUAAUGUGUUAGUUUGUAGUAGCAAAAUAAUACUAAAUAGUUAACAAGUCACAAAGAUGUGACCCUGUCUUAAUGAUCCACUGGGUUGUCUGUUGGUGCCUACGGCUUUAAAUGCUCCAAGGCAUUUGUUGGAUGCAUGCUUCCCUGAUCUACUGUGGGCCUCUUUUGCCCACCCCCAUGGUCAGCAAGAACGUGUGAAUGGGAAAGAGGAUAGGCAAGAGCACUUGAACAGAUCUGUCCUGGAAAAUCUCAAUGUUGAACUAACCCAGGGAAGCAUUUCCGAUUCCCAUCUUGCUCCUUGAUCGGAACAAGAAGUGGUUGUACAUAUUACCGUAUUUUUCCGUGUAUAAGACGAGCUUUUUUGACCCAAAAAUGAGGUUCAAAAUUUAGGGUCGUCUUAUACACGGGUAGUGCUGAGGGGGAACAGGUGAAUGAUUUUUUGGCACGAGCCCAAGAUUGUAAGUGGCGAUUGGCCACUUGAUUGUUGGUGGCGGGGAGGCCGAAAAUCACUCAGCCACCAGAAUGCAGCACACAACCGCUCGCUUCGCUUACAAUUGCCGCUUCCAAUCUCGGGCUCGCACUUAAAAUCUCGGGCUCGCACUUUGUUCCAGCGGGUGAGCAAUUUUCGGCAUUUGCCGCCUGAUUAUUGGGGAAGGGGGAAUGCCGAAAAUUGCUCACCCGCCAGAACUCAGCACACAACCACUCACGUCGCAGCUGCCUGAUCGCUGCCAUUAGCCCUCCCAAUUCCGCUGCAGCAACCAAUAGACAUCUGUCCUUGUCGCAGCAAGCGGGAGCGUGAUUGGCAGCUGCUGGCGGUGAUCAGGCAGCUCAUAGGUGCUUUCUGCGACACAAGCUCCAAGUGACUGUGGAGGCCAAUUCUGGAUCCACAUGUCCUUUCACAGUGGGGACAUUCCUUUCUGGGUGGGAGUUGAUCACAGUGUGGAUUUGCCAAGUGUGCCUUCCUCCUAGCACGUUUCUCCCUUGUGUCCUGAGUUCGAGUGUCUUCAAAGCCCAUGACACCUGUGGUAAAGGCUGUUCUCCAAUUGGAGUGCUCGCAGGCAAGUGUUUCCCAAUUGUUGGUGUUUAUACUACAUUUUUUUAAAAAAUUGCCUUGAGACAGACUUUAAACCUCUUUUGUUGACCACCAGCAUUACGCUUUCCAUUUUUAUGUUCGGAAUAGAGCAGUUGCUUUGGAAGACGAUAAUCAGGCAUCCGCACAACAUGACCAGUCCAAUGAAGUUGAUGUUGAAGAAUCAUUGCUUCAACACUGGUGAUCUUUGCUUCUUCCAGUACAGUACACUGGUAUUAGUUUGCCUGUCUUCCCAAGUGAUGUGUAAAAUUUUUCGGAGACACGGUUGAUGGAAUCUUUCGAGGAGUUGGAGAUGGCAUUUAUAAUGCAAUGUUGAACACAUUUUAUUGUCUGCAUGCAACAUGCCACCCUCCUCCUCCUGGCCACUUCAGGCUCAGAAAUUGUGUUGUUUCAUGCCUGCACCCUACUCCACUCCACUUCCAUGCUCCAUCUCCCAGUGUUUUUGGUUUUGCAGUCACUCACUGUGUUUUUUAUGUACAAUAUAUACAUGGUCUUUUGUAUGUAAUAAAUCAGGCUUUUAAAAAAAGGAAGGAAGGAAAAAGAAAGAGAGAGAGAGAGAGAGACUGGAUGUACAGGAGCAGCUGAUGAGUAAGUUGUUGCUUGAUAAAAAAGAAAACAGCAGUCCAGUGUAAGCAAAGUUUGAUCACACCAGAAGCAUUUGUGGCAAGAGAAUGUGCUUUGAAGUGACAGCAGUGUUACUCAGCCAUAUUCAGGUGGUCUUGCCAAUAUUAAAUUCAUGGGUUUUGAAAGUACAAAAUGGCACUAUUUCCUUCAACGGGCUUUGUGAAGGAAUGUAACUUUUCAGUUAUUUCUUAAUUCUGUUUUUGUUUGUAAAAAUGGUUGUCUUCAGUUAGAGCAGGAUUGGGGAACCCCCAGGCCUCACUAGACCACAUCUCUUCCCUCAGGCCACACCCCUCACUGGUCCAGAUCUGCACCCUCUCAAGUGUUUUUGCCUGGCUAGAAUGUGUUCUUGAACUAGAUGGAUGGUGGAGAAGCUAUCGGACAUGAAAGUCAUGCACAACAUGUACUGAAAAGACUAGGUGGCUCCUUUCCUGGGGAUCAAGCUAAUCUGUCCAUCCUCAGUGAAUUUAACACGAGAGACUCCUAUGCAAGAGUCAGAAGCCCCCCUUCAAAUGAGCCCCACCAUUUGGUCCCUCUCCAACUUCCCAUCCCCACUGGCUCCAUCCUUGCACAUCGGGAAGGGAAGGGAAGAACAUAAGCAUAUUCAGUUGAAUAUGCAUUGGCUCUUCCAUGCAGUUCAGAGCCCACUGUGAUCAGGCCUCCCAGUCAGAUACAGUGUGAUCUGGGUACCUCUUCAGACCUUUUGCCCAAUGUAUGAAGGUCUGGGGAUGUUGAUGGAGCUCCACUCCUCCUCACAUACCUUCUUGGAAUACAGGGUGAGGUUAACUUCUGAAAUAGCCUGAAGCAGACUGCAGCAACAGUGGUUUAUGACCCCAAACUAUCAGAAUGCAGCAGGCGUUUAGAGCUCUUAUUAGUUAGCUAACUCUGGCAAUGCAAUAUUGUAAUGUGGAAGGUGACCUUAGGAAUUGCUAUGAUGGAGUGUGUCAGGUGCUGUAGUGCUACUAUCUAACUAAGCAUGGUUUUACCCUUGGGUUACAUAGGCCUUCAAACAUUGUAUAAUCAAAUAAUACACCCAUACAAAUAUCCAGUGACAUUUUUAUGACUUACGGUUGGGGAAACUGUUUUCUUGUCUAUGCAUUUAUUUGUUAUCUUUUUACCCUGCCUUUCCUCCCAUUGGAGCCCCAGGUGGCAUACAUAUUGUAUAAAAUAUAUAGUAUUUGGAGGGUUGGUGCGUGGAUACAGAUAACUGAGGUGUGUGUGUGUUGAGACAAAGAGACAAAGCAAACUGUAUGCAUGUCAGUGAGCUAGAGUUAUAAAGGCACAAUAUAUGUGGUUGCUCUGCUCUGAAUAGUACUUUAGGUUUAGAAACCAAACUCCUACCUUUUUGUUGGAGCUAAUUGAGCCUAAACUGUCCCCAAAGGAGCCGAGCAAAAAUGGAAAUGAGAGAAAGGUGAUUAGAUGUUACCGUGAUGGUGUACAACAAAAGCUGAUAGCUAUCAGAAGGGAGGAUGGAUAUUCUUCCAUCACUACUUUAGUACAACAAUAAAGGAAAUCACAGUGAGAUCAUAUAAUUAUGUUGCUAAUUAUAUUGUUUCUCAUGUUAGCAACACAGAAAUCUGUGCAACAUAAUGUAUCCUGGAUAAAGGAAUUGACUUGGAAAGGAGCCAAAUGCAGACAAUCUUAUAGUCAUGUUUUCUUUUUCCUCCUGCCACUUUUAUUCUGUUUCUUUUCUCAGUACUAUGAACCAGUUCACACAUGAGAAGGCCCAGCCAUGGGUGCCUUGGGAGUUUGCAGGUCCCCCACUGGGUUUGAAGCCAGGCCUGCAGAGAGAUGCCAUUCAAAUGAGUUGCUGCCUUCAUAUCAGAUAUAGAUAAAUAGAGAUAUGUCCUGAUUUUUGCAAACCGGGGUUUCUCAUCAAGAAUAAGUGCAGCUCCAUGUAUUUCACCAAUGGUGUAUAUUGCUUUGCAAAUGUACCACCUUUUAAUAUAAUUUGAAAUAAAGAAGACAUUCCAGUGUGAGAAAUUCUGAAACAAUAACAAAACAGUAGUACUGUAAUAUUGUGUUCUGUGGAGCUGUGUGUUCUCUCUCUCUCUCUCUCUCUCUCUCUCUCUGUGUGUGUGUGUGUGUGAGAGAGAGAGAGAGAGAGAGAGACAGACAGACAGACAGAACCUGACAUGUCGACCCAAAAACUCAUUUGGUACCACCUCCCUUUUUCCUCAGUAAAUGUCUGUAUAGCCUCCAAAAUUCUUAAUUAUGAUAUGGAUAGUUAGAUAGUAAAAUUAACAAAGGCAAAGGCAACAUGAAAGGAAAGAAGGAAUUGCUGUACAGCUGUAUUUUUAAACUUCCUGGAAGAUCUGAAUUUAUGAUCAGUAUACUAUCCAGUUAAUGUAAUUCAACAGGUGUGGGGAACCUUUGUUCCUGAACUACAACGUCGUUGCCGGCCAUUGGCCAUGUUUUUCUGGGGCUGAUGAAAGUUCUUGUUCAACAAAUCGAUUCCGCUUCCAAGUGGGACCGGGUUGCUCUUGGGCCAUCAAGUCCCACCCCCACCUCAGCGUGGUGCAGGGUAGUGUCCUGUGUCACACUGAGGGUCUCCCAGCCACGCCAUUGUUUUUGGAGAAUGCAGUACAGAUCACAAGGCAUCACCUACAGGUCAGCAAAUGUCCCCACUUCCCACUAUAGUAAUACAAAUAAGUAGAAGCUUUGUGGUGUGUGCCCAUGUUCAGUGCUGCUGCUUAACAUAUGUAUGCUUUUAUGUAUGCAUGAAGCCACAACAGUCUACACCUAGCAUCCUGAUUUUUAAGAUGAUGUGUUGACGUGAAUGUGAAUGCCCAUCAUGCAAGUAAAGUUCAGGAAGCUGCAGAGUGAGUAAAUAAUGAUGUGUGCUUAAGUUCCCUGGAUGCUUAUUAUUUAUCUAUUUAAUAUGCUUUAAACAGCCUUUUGAAUAUGUAAUCAGGGAAGCCAAAGAGAGAUUAAAGGGUGGACCUUUCCCCCUCUUUCUAUGCAUGUACAUCAGGUCAUUUUUUUAGCACUUGCUCUGAAGCACUUAUACCACCCACACAGCUGUUGACCGUGGCACUGUUCACAUUGGCAGUUACCUGGAGGUGAUAAGAGAAGCAUCCCUAAUUAUACCUGUCAAAGUGCAUGAGGCUAAGAGUAAUCUCAAAACACAUUCUAAAAGGAUGAGGCCUUCCUGUGGCUAUAAUAUGCACUCACCAUUCAGUAAAUAGCUGCCUUUGUGAAUUAGGAUGACAUUCAAGAUCCUCAAUCUGCCCCUGAGCUGCCUCUCCCUCUUAUUUUCCUUCUAACCCAUUAAGGCAGACGUUAAGCAGUUCUGAAAUGCUGUGUGUGAAAAAAGGGCACACAUUCUAGGAGCAAAUUGCAGGGUGUCUAUAUGACCUCAAAGGUUCACCGCUGUCUUUCUCUUUUCAUCUCAGACAUGAAUGUCAUCAUCGUAGGGAUUAUGCUGGAUGACAGAUUUACCUGCUUAAAUACAGAAAUGUGGGGGGAAAGAAAUAACAGCCUGUUUACCCAUCAGUUUAAAAGCAGAGUGUGUGGAAAUUUGUACUUUAUUUGAGCCAGGUGUGAGGUUCCUACCUGUACAUGAUUUUUAUUGAAUGUUUAUAAUUCAGGAGCAAUACCUAUAAGUAAGUAGAAAAGAAAACCCAGUUUGAAUGAAACUCUUCAGUGAUUGUCUUGAUUGUGUGACAAGUUUCAAUCAAUUGCCUUCAGUUCCAAAAAUAUGCUUUUUAGCUGGGCAGGCAAUCAAGAGCAGUGGCAAAUAUGCUUCAGGGAGGGGGGAGAUUGUUUUGCAGGGUAAAUAGUUGUGUAGAAAACAUAAUAUUGCUUUGUUUACCAGCUCUGCUCGGAAAGCUGAAAUUGCUGAGUAAGGGGAUAUCAGUUUAUUUAGCAUGUGUUCGAUUCUCCAACACAGAAGUAUUUCCAGGGUAAAAAGAAUCUAGGCUUCCCAUACGUCAGGAAAAUUCCUGAUAUGUCCCUGUUUUCAGGUGUAAAAAUAGUGUCAGAGGGAAUUUUGGCGAAUGGGCAGAUUGUCAGGGGGAACACAGAUGUAUGGCAACAUGAUGGAAAAAGCAGCAGAAACAGCCCCAAAAACUUAAAAUCACUAUUUUGGGUUUAAAACGUCAAGGUGCCGGUCGGGGGAAGCACUUACGCUCAGCCUACGUUCUUGACAUAGAGAUCGUCAUGCAACAACAUAAACAGGACAGAGUAAGACCAGCAGGUUAAAACACAGAUGAUGAAAUGACUCAGCAACGGUUUUAAGGGCGGGGCAGAAAUGACAUCAAAAUAUGUGUCAGACACACAUCCCUGGAGAGAGCAUUCCCUUAACAAGGCAAUGAGGAUGCUCCUUUCAGUGGUCCCCAUCUUUUUCCCUGAAAAUGCCCAACAUAUAAUGCUGUUCUGAGGAAUGCCAAGAGGAUGUCCGGCACUGUCAUGAAUAGUAAGUAAAAAUAACUGCCCCCUGUCACCACAAAUGAUAAGCCUGUCCCUAAAUUUCAAAGAAUUUUGCUCCCCAACCAAAAAAUAAUCACCAGUUUCAGGUAUUCCUGAAUUCCCCUGCUGAGAAGUUCUUAAGUGAGAGCUUUUUUUCUGAACCCUAAGCCAUAUUCACCCCAGGCAUUCAAAGUAUCAUCAUACCAUUUCAACGAGUCAUGGCUUCCCCCAAAGAAUUCUGGGAGCUGUAUUUUGUCAAGGGUGCUGAGAGUUGAUAGGAGACACCUAUUCCCCUCGCAGAGCUACAGUUCUUAGAGUAGUUUGAUGAUCAAUCCAUCUUCCCAGGGAACUCUGACAAUUGUAGCUCUGUAAGGAGAAUCGGGGCCUCCUAACAAUUCUCCACACCUUUAACAAAUAACAGUUCCCAGAAUUCUUUGAGGAAAGCUGUGACUGUUUAAAAUUGGCACCAUAAAUGUAUGGUGUGAAUGGGACCUUAAUGUAUAUAAUAAAGCCUGUAGCACAAGUGUGGUUAGGGAUUGAUGUUAGUCUUGUAAAGAUUCAGUAUUUUGAUUGUACACUUUUCCACUUGUUUCCCUCAGACUGCUAAGGCUGGCGGGGGGGAGAGGGGGGAAUGACCAGGCAGUCAAACUGCAGAACCGUGAAAAGGUCAUAUAAUGAAAUGUAUAAUGUAUUUAGUGCGUAUUACGCAGCUGUCUUCCCCUGAAUUUAUGGAGGGUUUAAAAACCUCUUGCAACAAAGAUCAUAAUGGGAACUGAAAAUGCCACAACAUAAAUUGAUUUUGUGCUAAUGAUUGUGACAAGAAUUGAAAAUAUAUGGAUGCAAACAUUACCUUUUACACUUAAAACCUGUCUUGAGACAUUAUGUAAAUGUAAUUGCAUGGCCUGCUUCAUAUCGUUACUACCCUAGCUUUAGAGAUAGAGAGAUAUGCACACAUACACACGUAUAUGCAAAGAGAUAGGGUGGGAAGAGACGGUUUUCUCACAGGUGUCUGUUUGGCCACUGUGAGAAUACGAUUCUGGACUAGAUGGGCUGUUGACCUGAUGCAGCAAACUCUUCUUAUAUUCUUAUGUAUUUAUAACAUCAAAUCAGACAACUUUAAACUACUCACUCCUAUUGACUUUACCAAGAGGAUAGAACAUGCUUUGGUGUAUGAUGGAAGACUAAAUUAAGAAGGCAAACUCAAGUCUCCUGUGGGCUCAAGAUCCAAAAAUUCGAUAAUAUAGCUUUCCCCCAUUCAUUGCAUGGAGCAAGUAGCAGACUGGUCAGUUCUGAGGAUUAUGAGAUUGCAAGUGUGCAUCUCCUUUGUCUAUUUAUUUUAGCAAUUUACUUCCUACUUCUUUCCAGGGUGGCUUACAAAGAGUUAAAAUCACAAUGUCUCAAGGCAUUACUUGGGCUUAAAGCUUAAGUUGCUUGAGCUCAUUAUUUGAGCUCUGAACUCAAUUGCAGAGAGCAAAGGCUGUAUGUGUACAAAAGGGGGCUAUGCACAACCCACCCACCCCCAUUUCCCAAAAUGCCCAUGUGCAUUGCCUGUAUGUGUGUGUGUGUAUAGGUGGGAAGCCCUAUGACAUUCUCCAAAUGUGAAUGCUGCACAUCAUCUCCUCACAAAUAAUGGUUAAGCAGUAGUGGGACAUAAUGGCCUCUUUUUAAAAUAAUGUUAACCAUUGAUGAGAUAUAGAUAGAGAGAUACUUCAACUCUCUGCUAAGAGACAAACUAGUAAAAAGGUGAAUGGUGAAGGUUAAACCUCAUGUAUGUGUAUGUAUGUAUGUAUUUGUGUGUGUGUGUGUGUGUGUGCAGUGGUACCUCUGGUUACGUACUUAAUUUGUUCCGGAGGUCCAUUCUUAACCUGAAACUGCUCUUAACCUGAAGCACCACUUUAGCUAAUGGGGCCUCCUGCUGCCGCCGCACCGCCGCCACACGAUUUCUGUUCUCAUCUUGAAGCAAAGUUCUUAACUCGAGGUACUAUUUCUGGGUUAGCAUAGUCUGUAGCCUGAAGCGUAUGUAACCUGAAUCAUAUGUAACCCGAGGUACCACUGUACAGUCAUACCUCGGGUUGAAGUAGCUUCGGGAUGAAUAUUUUUGGGUUGUGCUCCGUGGCGACCCAGAAGUAACGGAGUGCGUUACUUCCGGGUUUUGCCGCGUGCACAUGCGCAGGCGCUCAAAAUGACAUCAUACACAUGCACGGAAGCGGCGAAACGCAAGCCACGCACGCGCAGACGCGUAGUCGCAUCUUACAUUCACUUCAGGAUGUGAACGGGGCUCCAGAGCAGACCCGUUCGUAAUCCAGAGGUACCACUAUGUGUGUGUGUGUAGAUAUAGAUAUAGAUAUAGAUAUAGAUAUAGAUAUAGAUAGAUAUAGAUUGUGUAAGAUAUGCAUAUGGUCAGAAUGAAAGCUUUCAAGCUUCAGCAGUAAGUGCCAUAUUCAAUUUCUUAUGUUCAGGGAAGAAAUUGUUACAGGAGUGGUAAUGAUGGAACGGGAGGUGGGGGAGGGAAAUAUGACAGUUAGAUGAAAAUUACCACAUUAAGAUUUGCCCAUAUCUGCAUUUUCAGCAGAACCCUUUGAAACUGAAACAACUAAAUCAUAUGAAGAGCUAUGGGAUUUUAAGUUCUCUUGACUGUGCUGUGCUAAUUGGAAGGCUUUAUGAAAGAGAAAGGGAAAUAGACCUAUCUGGAAAAUGAGCAUAUUGUUGAAUAAAUAAAAAUGAAUAAGGCACUGUUGCAGUAAAUUUAAGGCCUUCUGCAAAAAAGAAAAAAAAGGGGGGAGGAAUUGUCUUCUUUAGGCCAAAAUGAUGAGAAAUCUUGUGCAAAGGACAGCUACCACAUGAAAACAAGUUCAUAAUCAAUGCAAGCUUGAGUGCAUGUGAAUUCAGUUGCCUUAUACUGCAUCAGCCACUGGUCCUUUUAGCCCAAUGAAAGGGGUCUUUCCCAUCAUCUAUGUCUUGGUGUAGUGGUUAAGAGCAGUAGUCUCGUAAUCUGGGGAACCGGGUUCGCGUCUCCGCUCCUCCACAUGCAGCUGCUGGGUGACCUUGGGCCAGUCACACUUCUUUGAAGUCUCUCAGCCCCACUCACCUCACAGAGUGUUUGCUGUGGGGGAGGAAGGGAAAGGAGAAUGUUAGCCGCUUUGAGACUCCUUAAAGGGAGUGAAAGGCAGGAUAUCAAAUCCAACCUCUUCUUCUUCUUCUUUAACUGGAGAUACCUAGGAUCAAAUCUGUGAGCUUAUGCAUGCAAAGCGUGAGCUGCUUCACUGAGCUAGAGCCCCUACUCUUUACUCUUAGAACAGUAGAUGAAAACCCUUUCUAAGCAUCUCAGUGCUAAGAUUGGAGAUAAGCAUCUAUCCGCUUUUUAACAGUAAAAGGUAGCAUGUGGAGGCUCAUUUCCAAUUUUAGGCAGAGACCUAUCUAUGUGCUGUGGUUCCACAGCACUGCACUCAAGAGAUAACUGCCUGCCUGCUCUUUAAAAGGCAGCAGACAUGGACUUGGUGCUGUGGGACCACAGUGCUAAGUUCAGAGAUAACUCUCUGCUACUACUUUAGUGUCAAAGGCCAGGCAGAAGCUUAUCUCCAGUUUUGUCACUAUAGUCCAACAGCACUAAGAUUAGGGAGAAAAGCAAUGCAUCCCAGUCUUUGACCAUAAAAGGCAGCAUUGCCACCCAUUCCUAAAGCUAAAAGGUAAAGGUAAAGGACCCCUGACAGUUAAGUCCAGUCACGAACGACUCUGGGGUUGCGGCGCUCAUCUCGCUUUACUGGCUGAGGGAGCUGGCGUUUGUCCACAGACAGUUUUUCCAGGUCAUGUGACCAGCAUGACUAAGCCGCUUCUGGUGAAACCAGAGCAGCGCACAGAAACGCCGUUUACCUUCCUGCCAGAGCGGUACCUAUUUAUCUGCUUGCACUUUGACGUGCUUUCGAACUGCUAGGUUGGCAGGAGCUGGGACCAAGCAAUGUGAGCUCACCCCGUCGUGGGGAUUCGAACUGCCGACCUAUCAGCAAGCCCUAGGCUCAGUGGUUUAGACCUAAAGCUAGCAAUGGCUAAAAAGCUAGAGAGGUAGCACAGGCUAGCUUUUUGCCACUACUAUCAGAUGCUGCAAAAGGCCUGUGUGUCAACUUCCUAAGUGUAUAAACAACUGAGAGGUUGAGGUGUGCCAAGUGUUAUUCUGUUUUAAUCCUUAGCGCAACAUUGUAAAAUAAGACAGUAUUGUUAUUCUCUGUAAUGCCAAUAGGAGAACUGAGGCUGGGAGAGAGUGGCUUACCUGAGGCCAUAUAAUGGGUUUGUAGCACAGGUAAAAUUUAAACUAGAGACUUCCUGAUCUGUAGCUCAGUCUCUUGCAGUGCAAUCCUAAGCGUGUCUACUCAGAUGUAAGUCCUAUUAAAUUCAGUGGGACUUACUUGCAGAUAAAUGGGGUUAGGAUUGCAACCUUAACCACUAGAUGCUGCACAACACACUACUAUAUUAUUAAAUUCUGAAAACAUGCAUUGCCUGAAAAAUCGGUUUCUGUUCAUGAUAACAUUAUACUGUCAGAAUCAUUAUGCAAUGAGGAUGUAACGUAUGAUGAUCCUAUGCAACAUUCAUUUCCAGGUGCACCCAACCUAAAUACAGUACUAUAAUUUUAGUGGUAAUUCUACGUGUCAGGCUAUGUUAAAAAGACAGUAUCCCGUAUGAAGUUUUUCACUGCCUUCAUUCUGAAGCUCACAGAGGACCAGUGAUCAUUAGAGGUUUUUGACUAAGGCCAAGAUGAGGACAGCCUUAGAUCAGAAACCAAAGAAGCAGAGACCAGAAACAGAAUAAGUAAAGUGAAAAACAUUUCAAAGUGGUGCCAUAUUAUUCUUUAUUUCCUCAUUAUUUUGCCAUCUCCUUGAAUUAAAUUCAUAUUUCCCAUAGGAAUCACACCAAUUUAAAUAAUCAUUCCUUAGUUGAAGUCAUGCAAUUUCAUCCUAUUAUUUUAAUCCAUUCAUCUGAUUACCAAAGUAGAGCUGAUAUUUAGUUUCCUUGUGUUACUACUGCAAUCCAGUCACUAAUCGGUGACGCCUGUGAAAGUGCUAAUAUUUUGCUCUAUGAGAUUGUAGCAGAUAAUUUGUUGUUCUGAUUUUCAUAGACAGAUGAAUAUGAUAAAAGGGUAACUUUCUCAUAAAAUGCCAACAUGUUUGAUGCGGCAGACACAUUUGACAAGUAAACAGGACACCUGAUUUAUAGUACACCAUGUGGAACUUGCUGUGAUUAGACUUUUAAUGAUGAUAAAAUGUUUGUGACUAAGACACAAGGAGGACAACCACAUAUUUUAUAAUAAACAAGAGCAAGCAGCAGAAUCUGCCCACAUCAUGAUAUCUGUAGCAAGGCUUAUUUUCUUCAACUAAGUUUACUCAUUCAAGAAAUAACAUAACAUGCUUAAAAGAAGACAUUUUUAUUGACAUUUAUCUUGCCUAGAAGAUACCAGAUUUCUCUAUAAAGAAUUCAUCUCAUAUUGUGGGCUAGAUAAAAUAAAUUAACAUGAAGAGGUUUUAGUCAAUGCAUUAUGCAUUGUUCAGAUCUGCAGCCAGAAUGCCAGUUUAUACUUUUGCUACUGGAAGGGAAGCUCUUUGCUUCCUAAGUGACCCACAUAAGAGACAGUACCCCAGCAAACAAGCCUCAGCCGUGGUCUACACGUAUACAGUUGUACCUUGGUUCUUGAAUUUAAUCCAUUCCAGGAGUCCGUUUUGACUCCCGAAAUGGUUCAAAAAACAAGGUGCAGCUUCUGAUUGGCUGCAGGAACCACAUCAGACGUUCAGUUUCCAAAAAACAUUCGCAAACCGGAACACUCACUUCUGGGUUUGUGACGUUCGGGAGCCGAUUUGUUUAACAUCUAAGGCAUUCAACUACCAAGCCAGUGUUAAAAUGGAUUGUACCAUGAGACUAAAAGUGGGGGCUUUUGUUUCGGAAUGCUCUCUUAUUCCCUGCAAGAAGAUGUAGAUAUCAGGGGCAUCUGUUGUAGCCAUUCCCUUGUCCCUGCUGUGGUAGUUUACAAUUUACAGAGUGAUGUUAUUGUUAAUUCAGGGGCAUAUUUAGAAAAGUGAUUUCCUGCCUGAAGCCUAAAAUUUUGCUUUCCGUUCUACCACCUCAGGACUCUACCACCUCAUUCCAGAAAUUGAGGGUCCCAAUAGAAUACAUAUGCAGUUGACAUGCAGCUGCUCCUUCUUUUUCUGAACCAGUGUAUAAGGAUAGUUCAGAAGUGAAUGUGGACAAAUUUAGGCUUAAUCCAGACAAGAUAGAAUUGCAGAUACCAGGCAGAAGAGUGAGCUGUUGGGUAAGCUCUGUUCUUCCCUGCCUUUGCUCCAUUAUGAACACACAGGCCAGGCUCCAGUUUCAGAACAGAUUCUUACUAGGGAUUCCUUUCUUUAACAUAUACUGGUGUUUUUUUUCUGGAGACCUUAACAUGUGAGACACAACUUGCCCAACUAGAAAUAUACUUUGCCCCUUCUGUGCCCUCCUUCCAGAGCUGAUCUUUUUUUCCUGAUGCCACCACUACCUCCAUCACUUUCUCCCUGGCUGUCUGGUAUAGUCAAGGGAAGGACACCUAUUUCUGCUGAAGGUGAUGCCUGCUCUCAACUUAGGAUAGGAGGUCCAGAAAAGCAGCCAGGGGAAACUAGCCUUGCCUUGUCUGGUGCCUCAUCUCCCAUUGCUUAAUAUAAAGAUACAGCUGUUCAUUGAUUUCCCUAUAAUACUCACUGGGGAGGCAUGAAACUUCAGUUUUCUGAACUGGGCUUCUAAAUUGGACCUGCAGUGAAGUAGGCAGCCAUCGAAGUGGUUCAAGCCAAACUGAGCUGAUUUCUGAAUUGGGAGUCCUAAUCAUAUUUGUGGUUGGUACACACCCCAAAUUCCUACCCCUCCUCUAAUAAAUCACCCAAGCUUAAUUUUUUUAAAAAAAUUAAGGUCCACCCCCAGGACCUAGAAUAUCUGCUAAGUUACAUGUUUGUUUGGCAGCCCCCUAUAAAAAAGAAAAUCCAUUAAAAGAAAUAUUAAAAUAUUGCUCUGCUCAGCAUGUGGAAAUAAUGGCUUUCUGCCUGCUACCACAGCCAGCCAGUUGACUUUCUGCACAGCCAGGUAAAGAGGAAGGUAGUUAUUUGUUUGUAAAAACAAAGGCUGGCCAAUCCACACUCUGCACAUCUGGACAGGAAGCGCUGUUAGUCUAACCACCAGGCAAAUCAGGAUGAAUGCUGAACAAACAGAUUGUCUGGAUGAACCUUAAGUACUUUGACCAUGACAAAGUGGAUGUGUAGAGCAUUUCCUGGCAGACACAGUUCUGUGGAUCAGUAAUAAACCUCUUAUUGCCCAAUUAUCAUGUACCAGUUGAUCAUUGGUAUUUGCCAACUGCAAAUACAGGAUCUGGAAAAAAGCAAACCAGCUGUUGUCCUGCCAGAGUUUAUGCCAAGGAUUGGAAUACCAUUGGCUUGGAGUCAUCCCAUGCCCAUGUAUAAAGCACUACACACUCUGGAUUUGUUCCUCUCACUUUUGGCCACAUGAGAGGGGUGAGGGUGAGAGAGGCAAAUACAGAUGUAACUGGGUAACAGGAAUGCCACCUGUCAGAAAAACUAUUUGAAUGCAUUGCUGCCACUUGUGUGGUUUGUUAUUGGUCCAAUUCCCUCCACACAAAAGCUUCAAGGGAGCAGGGAGACCUCUGUUUUUAUAGUAAAAUUUGAGCAACUGUAGUUAAUUUCAGGCUUAGCUUCCCUAGCUUUACGCCAGUGUAGAGGUUCCAAGGAAAUGAACUGUCAAAUGUAAUUUUUGUCUAUCUCUUAAAGGAAGGAAAAAAGCUUGAUAGAAUUUUAUGCUUAUAGGAUUAAUCUGCCUAGCGGAUCAGCCAUACAACACAAUUUUAAUUACACUUACCAUCCUUCACUGCAUUCUUUCAUUCUCUGGCUGAAUCGUAUCGGAGCGAAGGUCUGUGAGAUGUGUUGUGGUCUGCUAAGCACCAAGUCUGAAAGUUUGCUUUGUCAUUGUUUUAAAUAAAUAAAACUCACACUGGUGUUUUAGAGAGCAGUGGCGAUUAUAUAAAAAGAUGUUGCAUAUGUGGCAGACACAAGCUACACAAACUACUACAUGUUUUCCUUUCCUGAGGGGGUUGAGGAUACUGAAGAAUCACUGGCAGAACUUUCAGAAAUGAAUGACAACAGAGGAAGUGCAGAAGUGCUGAAGCAGACCAGAAGCAUGUUAUGGAAGAUAAUUAUUGCCAGUUGUUCAUUAUGUAUCAUGCUAUGGUUAAGUGAGUUUUAUUGCCUUUAUUUGCAUUGUAACUAGAAUUUUCCUGGUCGUCGCAUGUCACUGCUGUAUCUUUCCAGUAUCUAAAUGUAAAUCUGUUGUAGCUGCCUUUAUCAAUUCAGAUUUUUUUUUAAAAAAACCCACAAAGGAAACAAAUGAAGGCUUGUCACUUAAGAUAACUAUGAACUGACAAGUUUUUCUACACACAUCAUUUGCCAUGUAAAAUAUUGAGGUGGCUACAUUGCAGAUGCCUCACUUAAAUGCUGUUGCCUCAUAAGCAGAUAAUUUUGUAACUUCAUUUUACAACUGAACACACCCAUACAAAUACAAUGACAUUUUUCUUUUUGUUCAAACUGAACUGAGAAAACAUAGUCAAGGAGAAUAUUUAUUUCUAUGUAGUUGUGGUAUUCCUAUCCUGCAACUUCUGUGCUGUGGUUUUUCCGCAGUCGGUACACCAUAGUCACAUUCAUAACAUACAUUUAAUGCACAUAUAAAGUACAUGAAUUUCAUCAAAAAAACCUGGAAACUGUAGUUUGUGAAGGGUGCUGGGAAUCAUAGCUAUCUGAGGGGUAGACAACACUUCCCAGGAUUCCUUGGGGGAAGCCAUCUUUGUUAAGUGUGCUUUAAAUGUAUUGUGUGGAUAUGAGGCCAAUCCACACUGUUUUUCUCUGAUCACAUUAAGGCAAUGUUGUAUGUAUGAUAAGUUUGUUAUUUCUCAAUGUCCGUAGUAUAGAGUCUUUAUGGGACCCCACAUAGAAAAUUAUGUCAUCAUAAUAUUUUAUACUGCCUUGGUUCGAAUAUACUGCUAGGAUUUGCCUCCGUUCUGGGUUUUCCUACAUGUAGUGUCUGAGCAUGCUGAAAACUUUUGUACAUGCUCAGUAGGGAUGGUUGAAGCACCUGCCCUUACUCACAGGAUAAGCAACCUUAAAAAUAAAAUAUUUAAGUUCUGCAAGUGGUUCUUCAGUAUCCUUAACCCCCUCCAGAAGGAAAAAUGUAGUAGUUUGUAUUUGCCACAUAUGUAACGUCUUCAUAAAUAAGUGCCACUGUUCUCUAAAACACCAGUGUGAAGAUUUUGAUCACCUGAAACAGGUGUAUGCCUUGUCUAAGGUAAUGUCUGACUGCAACUCCUAGUGAUGCCUCUCCAUGUACCAACUUUUCUCCUUGCCUAGUAAUUUGAGUUCCCCAUUUUUGUGGGACAUCUGAGUUCGCAUUCUGUGGUUCCCACUUCAUGUACAAGAGUGCACUUGUAUUUUUAUAUCAGCUCAGUACUUCUCCAGCUUUGCCCUUUCCCCUUUAUUCAUCUGCCCCUAGUAUCACUACUUAUUUUUCCCCAUUUUAGCUAAGUCCCCCCAUCAGCAAGCUUGAACUUUGUUCUUCCUAGGCAUCUCCCUUUGAAAUCCAGUUUGUCCCUCUUGCCAACAGUUAAAAAGAAUGUUUAAGAUCAGAGUAUCAAUAUAUCAAAUAAAGCUUUCCAGAACGGGUAGGGAUCUUCGUGUCCUACAUAGGAUUAUGAGAACUGAACAAAAGAAGAAAUGUGUAGGGCUAUAAAAGGUUUUUCUUCUGAAUGGAAAUCUUGGCAUGUCAUGUCCGAAACAAACUAUACCAGUGCAAAGAAGGUCUAACUCUGUGGCAUGCUUUACUGAGAGCUGUUCCAUUGCACUCAAUGGGAUGCACUGUUGAGUACGUGUGCUUAGGACUGCAGCCUUAGUCUACCAAUUUUAUCUUUUAGGCAAUCCUACUGUUUGCUUUUCCUGCUGAAAUCCUCUUUCUUAUCAGUGUGCCAGUUCUGCUCAUUUUGCACACCAUCUGGGGAUCAAUACUGAGUCCUAGUACAGCUUUUUUUGCUGCUUAAAGCCGCCAGGAAGCUAAUCUACAGGAACAGUCAAGGAUUUCCUGAGACAUAGAGGAAUUCGUAGAUGCCACUAAGGCUGCACAGGCUCGUGCUUAUUUUGUCUACAAAUCUCUCUGUAGUUCUCAGCCAUUGCUUUCAGAGAUCAUUUUUGACUCGUCAUGAGCAGUGGACAGAUGGUCUUUUCAAGUGCAGUGCCUAACACUUCAUCAGGUCACGUUUCCAGUGAUCUCAUUGAGCCAUGGGUUGCACAGUCUUUAUUGCAUCUCCCAGCAUAGGAAUUAAAGGAACUGACUAUUCAUCCAGCUCUUGGGAAGCAAUAGUGGAAAUGCUGUAACAGAGAGAAGGGCAAAGAGAUCAGGAUUGUACAACAACAAGUAUCAUAAUAAGGUUUAUGCAGUUUAAAAGAAAGACGUGUCAUAAAUGUGAAAAAUAAAUUUUGUAGAAGACGUUAAAAGCUUUUGUGAAGGUACACCCAUAUGUUCAGGUAAAAUUACUUUUCCUUUUAUUAACUACGCACACUCUCUUGCCACCAGUAGCACCGUGGUUGCUUUGUUCUUUAUUGCAGUGUGUACACAGCAGCCAGAUGUAACAUCUUUUCACAUGUGCAAUCCUUAGCGCUGUGAGAAUUAAGACCCCUGAUAAACUGGCCACAGAACUGCAGUGCUAUAUAAGCGAAUUAGCAUUUCAGACAGAAUUUCAUUCAGCCCUGCCAAAGUGGUGAGACCAGCAUCCGAAACAAAAAUUGGUUAACCGAUGUCAGUCUCCAGUGAAGAUACUUGACGUUGAUCGCUCCUCGCCGUGCUCCCCAUAGCCACCUGUCUGCUUCCUGUGUGCCUGGCUUCCCUUCUUUGGGAAUCGCCUUUCAGUGACUGCUGAAAGGGGGAAGGCUGGUGAGGUGUAAACGGGAAGGUUGUAUAAGCUGUGAGCCGAUGGUGGUUAGCAAAGCUUAGGGGGUUCAAAAGGGGUGGAAGGUAGAAAGGAUUGAUGGGCAAAGUGAGCAGGGCCACAUACAUAAAGUGGCAUCAGGUGCUUUAUAAAAUUGCAUUGGCAAGUAAUAGAUGGGUGCCCAAUCUCCCUCUAGGAGCGUGCAAUCUAAACAAGACAAUGGAAAAAAACAGAAGAGGGAAAAGAGACAAGGGUAAUGAAGGGUGACUUGAAUCUACUUCCUAUACAGCACUCCUAUACUCUUCAAAGUCCCAUUGAACUGAGUAGUGCUUCUGAGUAGACAUGGAGGGGUUAGAAGUGCAGAAAUCAAAGACAUUUGCAAACAGUUCUACAUUCAUAGUUUCAUUGCUUCCAAAUAUAUCACCAUUUCUGAAACCAGUAAAAUGUUUUAUUCGUAGCUCAUUUCUCUGUAUCUGUGUGGCUUUUUAGAUUUGGGAUUGCUGGCUUUUCUAAGAGAAGUGAAUUUAUAAAUGCUAAAUGGGAGAAGCCAGGUGCGAGAAGUCACAAUUUUGUUUGUUUCUGAACUUUGUCACCCUGAGCAAUCUGUCCAUUUGGAGAGGGCAGGAUAAGGGGUAGAUGGGUUAUUUCCGUUUUAUUCUUUCAUAGCAAAAGGUCAGAGGACAACAGUUCUAAAUGAUAGGAUGAGAAAUGUCUCAAUCUUCAGACCAUUUUUCCAAAGUAAUUUAAAAAUGCUGCGCUCAAACUUCCAUUGACUUUUAUGGAUUUUGUUUGAUUUAUGUAGACCUAGCUAUUCAUCUUCCACUCAGCUACUUUGCCCAGAUUCUGACGGUGAACUUUUUUUACACUGGUCCCUUACAUAAUUAAGGAACAAGCCUGUGGUCUUCAGAACAGUGUGCAAAAAAUACAUUGUAGAUAUCAGUACAGUGGUACCUCAGGUUAAGUACUUAAUUCGUUCUGGAGGCCUGUUCUUAACCUGAAACUGUUCUUAACCUGAAGCACCACUUUAGCUAAUGGGGCCUCCUGCUGCCGCUGCACCGCAGCUGCACGAUUUCUGUUCUCAUCCUGAAGCAAAGUUCUUAACCUGAGGUACUAUUUCUGGGUUAGCGGAGUCUGUAACCUGAAGCGUAUGUAACCCGAGGUACCACUGUACAGCCUUCUCUUCCCUACCAAGCUCUGUCUGCAGUAGGCAUGACGCAGCAUCAUGGCUUGACCUCCAUUUGAGGUUAGGGCGCACAAGCACCAGCUUAUUCCUUUGCAACCACCACGUGCAUUCCCUACCCCCAGCCCUGCUCAGUUGCACAUCCCCAAAAUUCCUCCCACCUGCUCCACUCAUAGAAGCCUCUCCUGUCAGCCUGUCAGCCAAUUAAAUGAAAACCCAAUGCAUAGAAGCAGUAUACCUCUAAAUACCAGGGGCUGUUUCCCUAGUGCCCUGAUUGUAGGUCUCCCAGACACCACCAGACACCUUUAGAAAUAAUUGCAGUAAUUUAAAUAGAAACACAGCAUAUCUCACUGUGGUGACUUGUGGGUCUGUUCAGUGUGCUGACCAGGUGUUAACUGUUUGUGGGCAAUUUCAAGGGCCCUGCUCACUCUUCUUCUGGCUCUUUAUUAUUAAACCAGACUUGGACCUGACAACCCUUCAGAUGUCAGAGGUGGGAACUACAAAGGUCAGUGGUGAUGGAUUACAGGUCCCAUCAUCACUAACCAUUGGGUUCCUACAUACAAAUUUGCCAUAUGGCUGUACCCAGGAUGGCCAUGUGUCUUUAUAGAGGACUGUCCUCUAUUAUUUGUUCUCUUAUUUCAGGUAUGAUGAACCUGCACCCCCUACAGAUGUUGUUAAAAUUCCAACCCUAGCCCGUAGGGUCUCUUAUUAAAAAUGAUGAGAGCUGUAGAGACACUGGUUUUCCAUCCUUGCACUACAGACUUGCCAGAGAAGGGCUGACGAAAUAUUGAACUAUGGAAGAACCCCAAGAAACUGGCCAGUAUCUGGAUCUAAUAGAAAGAAUGGCAGACAAAGACUAGUAUCAUAACAGACUGAGAUUGCUUGUUGAUACUAGUGUGUUUACAUUCUGUGCACCACUACAUUGUUAAAUUUGUCCCCCGCCCCAAUAGUCAGCUAAAUAACUAUUUUGCUUCCACAAUGUAUACUUUAUAGGUGUGUGUGGAGGAUGAUCCUAAUGAGAUCCGCUGACUGAUUUUUCAGUUUGCUGGCUUUUUCCAUGAGUUAAGAAUCAGGGGUCUCCAGCCACUGCCCUCCAAGCUGAAACCUUGUCAACAUUAUCAUCACCAUUAUUGAGUCACUUCUUCUUUCAACCCAGUUCACAUAGUUGAUGGAGCAAGGAAAUGUAGUUGCCUGCCCAGAUGGGAAUUAUAAUUAUUGAAGAUACCACACAGAGCUACUGUUUAGAAUUUUCUGAAUUUAUACCAGUUCCAUAUGAUGAGGCAGCACCUCCCAUCUGUGAUCAUCUGGCAUGGCUGUUUGUUUGUUUGUUUUAAUUAUUGUUGCCUAGAUGCCUCCCCCCCCCCCCGAAUAAUUCAUUCCAAUACUUGAAGUGACAAUCAGCUGACAGUUUAAGUUUCAUGGAAGGCAAACCCCAUUAUAUUUGGUUUAAAGUGACAACUGACAGAAAAUUGUAUUGACAGGCCAUGAUAGAGUAUGAUUUCCAAACAGGAAGCAGUCAUCUUGAAUUAAUUAAUUAAUGAUAAUAGAAGUUAAUUUGGAAAUUUUGGUGGUUCACAGUUCCCUGUCGAAAUGCUUAUCUGAUUUUGCUUGCAGCGGUUGACUUAUUCUGAAUGAGAUGUUUUCUCUUAUAAUUAAACUAAGAGAUGCUGACACUUAAAGAAGUGGUGUGUUAGUUGCUGUAUCAGCACUAUAAACACUAUAACAUUUUCUAUUCUAGCCUUGCAAGAAUGUGAGCUCUGUAUUGAAAAAGUACAUACCUCAAGGAUUUCCAGUUUUGCCAUCAGGUCUAACUUUACAGGUGCCUGUCUUUGCUGGGGGCUUUUAGCAUCAGUAAGGCUCUAUACAGGUGUGGAUUUUUGCUUCUUAAAGACCCAUUAGAAUCAGUGAAGCAUCACAAAGCCUUAAAAAUCUGUUGGGUUGUUUAAAUGUGAAAAGUAAAAAAGAAGAAGGUGUGCAGAGUGUUUGCUGUAGCAAGAAGUGUUAAAUGAGAAAAGUGUAGACAGAAAGUAUGUAUACGCCAAAGAGGACUUUAAAUGAUCUAUAUCAUAGUAUAUAAAUAAGACAAGUUAAGAUCAGAUGUCUCCCUUUCAAGACCUUUUCCCACUAUGGUGCUAUGUGUUGGUUUACUAUAAUGGCAUUUGCUGUAAGUUUAUAGCUGUCUCCAAAAUUCUUUUAUCAUGAUUUACAUAUACACUUCUUUUUCUUUGCUGUUCUUCUACAUCCCUCUUGAAAGGGGAAUGAACUUUUGAAAGAGGUAUGAAUCACUGUUUUUCCCCUGAUCCAGUGGUUCCUACAGAAGUCUGAGUGGAAUCACCGUUUCAAAAAAUAAGCAAGAAUAAACUUUGGCAGGCUGCUUAACACUGAGCAUGAACUUGUCUUCAUCAAAACCCAUCUACACUUACUUUAUUUUGCUAUACAACAAAAGCCCACUCUAGGUUUCCUGACGUACAUUAAGAAACUGAGUCAGUCCCUGAGAUGUGCUUAUUUAGUAGUGCUGAAGUUCAUCUGAUCAGGUAAUGGAUAAUUUUUUUUAUCUCAAUUGACAGCCUGCUAUAACUGUUCAUUAACUAAGGAUUUACUGCAGGGAUUUUCAACUAGCACAAAGUUCUUCCCAUAUAGAGGAACCUCCAAGUACCUGGUGUGAAAUCCCAUGAACGAAUGGAGAGGAUUCUGUGCUACAUAUAUCUCAGUUCAUGUGGGGUGCUAGCCAAGGUCUGUCCACCCAGGCAAACAGAAUGUUCCCUCCUACAACUUUAUUGUAGUACUGGGAAAGAUGGCGAAUGGUGAAAUUCUUGACAAGCUUCCAAAGAACCCUAGUGCUCCCAGGAAUACAGCUUUAAAGGCCAUUUGCAGAAAUGGUUACUUAUCUUCUAUGAAUCCCCAUGUAACGAUGUUACUCUUGAUGAUAAAUAGCAAUAGCCUGAGUCAUUUUGCUGCCUUAAGUGAACAAGAUAGUUGCGGUGCGCGCCCUGUGGAACGCCCUCCCAUCAGAUGUCAAGGAAAUAAACAACUGUCUGACUUUUAGAAGACAUCUGAAGGCAGCCCUGUUUAGGGAAGUUUUUAAUGAUUGAUGUUUUAACAUAUUUUUAAUAUUUUGUUGGAAGCCGCCCAGAGUGGCUGGGGAAACCUAGUCAGAUAGGUGGGGUACAAAUAAUAGAUUAUUAUAAUAUUAUUAUUAUUAUGCCCUUUCCCUUCCAUAUACAGAAGCCAGUUCUACUGGCACCUGAAUCUGGCAAUGGUUCAGCAUCCUUCACCACAUUUGAAGGCAACAAACACUAGCUUAGGGAGCACAAGUUAAGCCAUGUGACACACACAGCUCCAACACCCUGUUGUAUUUUUCCCACUGCUUCACAGAGCACCUGUUCACUCAAAAUAAAUUCUGCAAUGCAGUGGUGAUAACACCAGCGUGCAUCAUGUGAACAGAGCAAAGCACGCACAUGCACAAUGCUUGCUGGAGUGCCUUGGCCUGGAGUGGCUGCCUCUUUGCCUACUAACUGUUGAAAUAAUGAAAGUAGGCCAAACAGGUAGGCAAUUCUGGCCAGCAAUAAGGAAGCAUCAUUGCCACCAGGGCAGGAGGGUAGGAACAACCAGGGAGUGUCAUGUCCCCAGAGAUGGACUCCUUCUUUUCAGAGGAUAAGACCAUGGCUUCAGAGGAGAUAUCAGAGGGGAGGGCAAUGUGUGUCACCUUGAGCUCCUUGGAAGAAAGAUGGGAUGUAAAUGUAAUAUAAAAUAAAACUUUGUUCGCCAAUCAUAUUUUCUAAGCGCUCACAAUUCAGUUAUUGCUACUUUAUACUUCCAGACUAAGGGGAAUUAAUAUUUCUAACCUGUCAAGUAGAACAAACAUAAUUUUACUUUCAUAAUAAACACAAUAUGAAUAGAGAGAAAAGUCUAAACUCUGUAAUAAAGUCCCACUUAAAGCCACAGUGUGUGAUUUAGUUCUCACACGCUGAAUACAAUGAGCAGUGGAAGAGGCAAUCUGUGCCAUUUAGAGUAAGAAAUAACUGAAAUGUUUUACCUAGGCAUUAAGGUUUUUUUUAAAAAAUAAUAAUAAUAAUAUGAAGCGGAUAAUUUGGUGUCAUUACAAAAAGCAAAAAGGCUUCUUUCAUUUAGGAAGACCAGACACCUUAGAUUUCCUGUAUUGUUCAGUAAAUACAUAGUGCAAAUGUUGUACAACUUCUAAUGCAUUUCUUUUCUCCCCUUCCCCCCCCCCCAAUAGCUGAAAUAUUAUCAUUUGGAUCAAGGGAAACAUUAAAGGCUGCUGGAAUUUAGUAAACUGGACAAGCCUUAAUUGGUUUAAUAGGUAAAUGUAAUCCACUUUUGCAAGCAGGUUCUCUUUCAUUUCUCUUACAGUUCUAGUGCUAUUUUGUCUUCCCUAGCGUUUCUUCCGGCUGCUUUUAAAGCAAUUUGUUCUUUAGAUGGGGAAAAAUACAGGGCAGUUUGGCAUGCCAUAUCCACAUCAGGACAAUGUGCAAGCACCUUUUAAGCAGCAGGGAGAGCAUGUGUGAGAGUAGCAGAUGCUUCCCUCUUUUUACCUAUGAAAAGGUAGAGGCUGUAUGUGAUUGUAAGGAUAUGCCUCUUGACUCUCUUUUUUAUGGUGUUUUGGCACCAUUUGAAGACUUGGCUGUUUCUGCUGGUGUUUGACAUACUUGGCCGAGACUAUAUUAUCCCCCAAGGUAUGUUUUUAGCUAUUAUGUCACCUCUAAUAAAUAAAAGAAUAUGGCUAGCAGGAUGUGUGAGUAUGGAAGACUCUUGUUUUUCCAAGUGUGUAAAUGCAGUGAGAUCCCCAGUCAGUCAUGGCUAAGCUAUCCAGUGUCAGGGGUGUUGUGACAUGUUUUGCUCCCAUCACAACAAUGACACUGACUUUAUGGCACUGACUUUAUGGCUGCCAUUCACUCCUACUGAAAAACGUAAAGGGGUGCUAUGGGAGGCAUCAAUAGUUUGAGAGGUAAAACUGUUCUCUUUUCUUAUGUUCUCUCACCUGAGGCAACUGGCGGAGGUGAUUUCCCCUCUAAUGUAUGGCACAUCCUAUUUGAACAAUUAGGAUUGCUUUUUCUAAUCUUGGAAAAAGAACUGGGACCCAUAGGAAGCAUGCAGCUACAGCCCUUGAAACUACAGCCCCUCCCAACUGUGGCUAAAUGCUCCUUUGAUACACUGUGCCUUGUUCCAUGUUGUAACGCUGGCUCAUGAGAGGCUGCUAGGAAACUGUUUGCAUGUAUAGUAUCAUGCCUUGGUGCAGGAGCUGGGCAAAUCAUGUUCUCUUCACUGAGAGCAUGUGUUGCGGUGAGAUCACCAUAAACUGCCCUUUGGUUGCUGGGGCAGGUAUGUUUGAAUAGCCACAACUACCCGAUUGGUUCCUCUGUUGCUGGGGCAGAAUCUGGUCAAUGGGAUUUCACAAAUGGUAGCGGGGGAGCCUCUUUUAUACCGCUGCACGUUGCGUUGAGCUUCCUCUUUUUCACACCCACCCACCCUCCCUCCCUAUAUUUAGGGUAUUUCUGACCUUGCUAUGUCAUUUGGUGUCAUCUGUUUUGGAGCAGGGGCAUGGUAGGAAUUUUGCCAUUUGGCGGAUUGGCUGUUGCCUCUUGGUUUUUGCCUACCUCGUAGCAAAUCGUCACAACUUUGUAAGGUUUGUGGUUAGGCAUUGGUUAAAGGUGUUCUUGGAGGGGGUGUGGCUUGGCUGUGGCCUGCCCCUCCAAUUGUGGUGGCGUGGGUAUUCCGUUAAAGGAAUCCAGGGAUUCGUCUUGCUUUUGCCUGACCCCUGAAAAGGUGAUAGGGCCAUGCGAGAGCCCCUGGGAGCAUGUUGGGGUGAUCUUGGUACUGCUCCCAGACCAAUCAAUCUCCCAGGGUGUUUACCCUUAUUGACCUCUGCGCUGGCAGUUGUCAGUUCUUCUCCUGUCCUGGAUAUGUUCAGAUAGUUUGGAACCAAUGCCUAAGCAAACCACUCACAGCCUGUAGUCAAUAAAGUUGUGACCAAAAUUAUGCCAAAAAACCUUAAACUAAAAUUUGAGUCCUUUGUGUCUUUAUUUGAGGGGGUUUUGGGGGGUCUUAACAUGCAAUAUCACUUCAUAGCUCUUUUAGCCCUAUAGCUCUAUGAAUCUGUUCCCAGCUUUGUGUUUCUACAUCCUCGUGAGUUGUGCAGUGAUGUUGUCAGAAAAUGAAGACAUUCUACCUCAAUAGCCCCCUUUCCCACUGGUCCUCUAGUGCAUUCUUUUCCCUGCUGUUGCUUAAAAGGUACAAAUUGCAAACCAUGUGGAACCCAAAAGCCAGUCAGUCAAGACUUUGAAUUCCUUCAAGAAUUCCUGUAAUAUAGUGUAUUGGGUGAAUAAAUCUGAUAAACGGAACUACCCAGGCUUAACAUCACUUUAGAUAUACAGUGAAGUCUUAGAAAAAUCCACAAUUUUAUUUUAAAAAAACUGUUAAGUACAUACACUGCAUGUCACUAAGCUGUUAGCAGUUAAACAGCCUCAGCCGUAAUGCUGAUGAUGUAUGCAUAAUGUAAAAGUUUUAUCUAGAGCUCAGAAUCCUUCAUUAUAAAAAAAAUGCCUGGCUGGACCUUUUACAAGAUUUGUUAAUUGCAAACACUUUGGGUGCAUUGAUCCAUAACCACUCUGAUGAAAUAAUUAUUCAGAACAGUACCUAUGAGGACUGACAGCAGACUGGCUUGAAGAACCACACAAGAUCUACAUUUAAAUGAGGGCUGUUGCCAAGCUCCCAGAACACUGCUCUUUGCUUGCAUUUUCUUUCAAUAACUACAGUUCCAACUAUUUAAUUUUCUCUAGAAUGACUAACAUUUAAAGUGGAUUAGUUGCUUUUGCUGAAACUGUCUUGAAUCCAUGGACAGUUCACACACACACACACACACACACACACACACAACACACACACUGAGAGAGACAGAGAGAGAGAGGGAGGGAGAGGGAGAGAGAGAGAUAUUUAUGGCUGUACACUUAUUUAUUUGCCCUUCUGUAGAUGAAAGCAGUUAUGCAAACAUCAAAGGAAUUGUUUGCUUUGUUGAUGGAAUGGUGUGGGUUAUGCUGGCAAGUAAUGAGGUACAUGUUUGGGCACCUUACAUUUCCUUUCAAUGCAGUUGUUCAACCAGUGGGGAUAGUGAAGUGCUUGGCUAUUAAAGUUAACUUACUAUCCUGCUCCUUGACUCGUCAGCUCUGUCAGACUUUAACCACUCUUUACUAGAGGUCAGCUCAAAGUCUUGGUUCUAAAACACUCCCUUUAUUAAUGGUGGAAGGCUCAACAGAGAAUUUGCUACAAGAUGGUGAAUACAUAUGUUGGCAUAAUAAAAAAAAUUCCUUCCAGUAGCAACUUAGAGACCAACUAAGUUUAUUAUUGGCAUGAGCUUUCGUGUGCAUGUACACUUCUUCAGAUACUUCUUCAGAUAUGUUGGCAUGUAAGUGUUCAAAGAACUCUGCACUAUUGCAGUCAAUAACAUUAGCAGCUUAGCCAAUUGCAUACAAUUGUGAUUUUAAAUUGGCCAGAUUGUUGUAAGGAAAAAUGGGGUGACUGUUCUUCCUCAUUCCUGGAACAUGGACAAUUGGCUAAAAUCACCACAGUAAUGUUGAGGGUUGGUUGGUUGGUUGGUUACAUUCAAUAGGUAUAUUAUAUGAAAUAAAUAAAAUAUUUCAUAUUUCACAUUUAGAGAGAGGAGGACAGUUAUAAGAACAGAGGUUAAUUACCUCUUGCAUACAGGCUAGAACAGAUAAUAAAAACACAACACAGCACUAAGGUGUGUAGAAGGUGCUGUGCUAUUCUUCUCAGAGACAACAAGGAUUCUUUACCUAGUGUAUUUAGCUGUUGUUUGAUCUUUAAGUAUAGGUGUACCUGAGAGUUCUAGGGAAAUUAUAGGAAUUUAAGUGUCAGCUCAGUGACAUUCGGGCAUCUCUACAUUUCAUAUAAGUUUACAACUCCCCUCAAAUUUGUAACCUGUACUUGGACAAAUCAGGUAUCCCCUUGUGCAUGCACUCUCCCUCUGAUAGAAUAUAUGGAAUGGACCCUACUGUCUUUUGACUCCUCAAAACUAGCUUCUUUUAAAAAAAAUCAGGACUUCUACAUAGAAAUAAUAGGAAAUUGAGGGAUAGUUUGUGGAAAUGUUCUAAGAAAAGAACAAACUAUGGCUGGAGAAGACAAUGGAUUGGAUCCAGACUUAGGCUGCAAUCCUAACUUUACCUACUCAUCUUGUGUUGCACAAUGAGCUUCCAUUCUAUGUGUAUGUUGACUAAAAUAUAUUAACAAUGACUUCAACUUAGUUUUUUAAUGACAAAAGCAAUCCAUUAAAUAAAUUAAAUCUUGGAAUCCAGAAAAUCCGUGCUAGGCCCCUUUAAUAGUAAGGAAAAAGAAUACUGUUAUUAAGACUUUUUCAGGAUUUACAUAACCAUUCUUAUUGGUGCAUGUGGCUGCCCAUUUGCAGGAUAGAUUCACACUUUAGGGAAUGCGGCGGCCUAGACAUAAAAUUAUGGUAAUGAUACGCAAGUAACAGUAGGUACUGCACCAGGUAGGAAUUCUGAUCUCCUCUGACAUUUUGCUUUUUAAUCUCCUCACCAGAUGUCUACUUUAUUAUUAGUCCACUAGCUGAGGAUCGAUUUGCUUGCUCUUGAUGCCUGUUUUGUUAGGAAUCCUGACAGCCAACCCACCUCCCAGGGCAACACUUCCUGAAGCUGUUUAUUUUUAAGUCAGAAUAAUUUCCAUGUCUGUGUGGCUGUAGACAUUUUUUUUUUUUUAAAUCAACUGUUUUAAAUGAAAACAUAGUAUCUAUGUGGAUUCCUAAUCAACAAGCUACUAGCCACUUCUCUGGUUCCUGGGAGAGAAAAUCAUUAGGUGAUGAUUUCAUCAUAUUAAUGUUCUUUGCACUGUGUGCCCUCUGCAGCCAGCAUAGGCUUAUGUUGUUCUUCCUUACAUGAUUGUAACAUAGACACACCUGCAAGCAAACACAGGGGUCAGGAUCCACCUACCUUUGUACAGCACAAUUAUUAUGGAUAUUUUGGGGCCUCAAAAGCAACUAAACCACUUAAAGGACACUUUCUGCGUCAUCUUUCAAAGUCAGAGCAGGCCUACCCUUUCAGCACAACCACAAAUCUCUGAAGAUAUAUGCAAAAGCAUUAUCAGAAUUGCCACUAAUACAUUUGUCUCUGAGACAGUGUCCAUGCAUAGCAGAACAUACCUAGACAUGAAGUGUGCAGAGACAGAGGGUUGUUCCAUGUGUUUUCAGAAAUAAUAAUAUUGUUUUAUUAUUUGUACCCCACCCAUCUGACUGGGUUGCCCCAGAAGUGAGUGAUGUGUUGUAGAUCACCCCUCUCUUUGAAACGUUUUACGGAAGAGAGUUGUGAUUUCAGAAGCUGGAAACCACAAGCUGCAGCCCCCUUCUGCCUUAUUUUAAUGUGCCUUGAUUUGAAUACAACCAUGUCCCUACUGUUUGCAUGUCCUGUCUUUGGGUACAGCGUCAGAAUCGUGCUUGCUUAGGAGCUGCUCUUCAAAGUGCCCUGCCAGCAGAAGCUUCAUUCAUUUCAAUUUAGAAGGAACAGCAUGGUAGAGAGAUUCUUUGUUCUUUCCAUGGAGUUCUUUCCAUUGCAGCUCACGAGGGAGCUGCGUUUUCUCCUCAUUUGCACACACUCAUUGCCUUUCUGUCAGGUUUUCAGAAAAUUGCAGGGAGGAUCCAUUGGGACACCUCUAAAUGCUGCCAUCCCCACAGUGCCCGAGAACACCUCAUUUUCCUUUUGAAGUCUGUCUCUGUUUUCACAUUUCAGAGUAAUUCGCUGUAUGACAACAUUCUACUUUAAUGAAGCCCUGGUGGUAGGAGACAUGAUAACAUUCAGCAGGGAACAUACAAAUAAAAGCAUAGAGGACGCACAUAAUAUAAAAUCAAAAUCAGCUGGGCAUGCAAAAAAGCUAAUGGAGGAGAAAAACGGUUUUUGUAAGCAUAUGCUGACUUGCAACUGCCUCUUUUCAUCUUGCUGGAGCCAAGUCGAAUUAGAUUUAUGUCAGUUCAGCAAAGAUCCCUUCUGGACAGUAAAUUGGGGAGGUGGGAAAUACACACGUGUGUUGAUUCGCAUCUUAGUUGGCCACUUACGUGUUGGAUUCUUAAGACCUAUUACCAAUUACACAGCUUCUGAUCUAGAAUAUACAUCUGCCUCCUUUCUAGUUAAGUAUGAUAUCUUUAUUCAGACUGUUCCAGGUUCUGAGUGAUAUUUCAACUAAAUCACAAAGCAGGAAAUUACUUAAGAAUUACAAUAAUUCAGCAUCCAUAACCACAUAGAUCCUGAGACAAUUACUAAUGAGUCUAAGGAAAGAGAAUAAGCAUAUGUAAAAGGGUGAGACUUUCAGGUUCCUUUAAUUACCACAUAUAUUAUUAGAAAGAAAUGAAUCUUUGUAUAUCUAUAUGUAAUGCUGCAUCACAAAAAAGGGCAUUUAUCUUCACUGCAUUCUUACUGAGGAAUGCACCUGCAUUUGGGGGGGGUGUUCAGAUAGUUACAUAUAACAUUUGCUUCCAAGUUCUGUUUGCAGUCCUGCACAUAUUAACAAAUAGCUUGGAAGCUGAGCUUUGAACAGCUAAUCCUCUGUGAUUCCAGUACUUAAAUUAAGCCAGCAAUGGACAGACAACCUGUGACAUUCCAGAUACUGUUGGACUCAUCCGAGCCCCAUCCAGCAUGGCCAAUAGUUAGAAGUUGCCCACCCCUGCUUUAACCUUUGCUAUUUUAUCUAGAAGUCCUCUUCCCUAAUCCCAGAUCCGUAGGAAGUUGGGAGCUGGCUGUCCUAAGGGAAUGGUGCUGUGUGUGCUUCAAUACAUGCUUUCCUGCUAGAGUGCAGGCAUAUAGACCAAUGCUUGGAUCCAAGGCCAUCUACUGAGGUCUAGCUGUGUAAAUCAAGCCCAUCCUUCUGGAUGGAAAUGCACCUAAUAGGAUUGGUAAACUCUGCUAUAGUCCAGUAUAUCCCUAUAAAAUUAGUGUCACAGUGUUUAAGGAAAUGUUGGGGACUCCAACAGGGUUGCUGGUUGCAGUCUCAAGACAGAUGGUUUACUUUAUAUUCCCUGAUGAAGUGGGGAGCUCAACUGAUUCAGAUUUGUCCAUUCCUCUUUCAUUUGUCCUUUCCUGAAGCCCAUUGUUAUUUCGAGCUGAGCAGAGAAUAACCAAAAGGCCUGGGACAAAUGGCCUUGGCAAGCAAGCAGUUGUAUUUGGUGCCUUUUAAAUUUGGUGCCUGUGAAAGAACAAAGCUUUGAUGAAAUGGACUGACUGUAUGGGCCUCGUUUUUAGAUGGACUAUUAUUGUGUAUGAUGUGGAAAUGCAAAUAUUUCUUGCCUGUUCAUUUGAGGAUUAUAGGGCUAACUUGCCUUACCUAAUUUAACCUGAGACUCAGAUGAGAAAACAGUAGAACUUCAUUGUGUGAGGGAUUGCGGGCACAUUUAUUGUCUGAGGGGCUCCACGACUUAUUGUUGCCCACUGGUGAAACUUAUGAUUGGCAGGAGGCAGGUGGGCAAAUGCUCUAUUAACAGGUAGCCAGGGUUAGUUAGUUAGUUAGUUAGUUAGUUACAGGAUUAGUUCUCAAGAGACAAAAAAAGGCUUAUGUAGGCUCAGAGAUAGUGGAGCAAAUUAUAUGUACCAGGAUUGGAGGACAAGAUUCUACUCUAGGAUAUGCAAUUAUAAAGAUGGAGAAAUAAUCAUGCUUAACUCUUGUGUGUUCUUUUUUCCCGUUGGGAAAUACUUUCUGUCCCUUUAACACAAUUUUUUCAUAAGCCGGUUAUCUUUUCUUAUUUUAAUACCUCCAUGCGUAGAAACCAUAAACUACACCACCUUGAGAGGCCUAAGGGAAGUUUCUAGGUUGAUUUAAAAGGGGCAAGAGUGGGCUAACCAGAGAGGUGUACUACCUUUCCUCAGAUGGCAGGGGCCCCAGAAUGGCUGUGAGGUGGCUGUCACAGUGCCAAAUGCAAGUUCUGCUGGGAUUGGUUCCACUAGGCAGCUCCCAGUUGGAGCUCCUUUAUGUGUGUGUGUGUGUGUGUGUGUGUGUGUGAGAGAGAGAGAGAGAGAGAGAGAGAGAGAGAGAGAGUGUCAAGUUCCCAGAGUGGAGAUGCUGUUAGAUCCAUCCCUUACUCUAGAUCAGGCUUAGGCAAACUCGGCCCUCCAGAUGUUUUGGGACUACAACUCCCAUCAUCCCUAGCUAACAGGACCAGUAGUCAGGGAUGAUGGGAAUUGUAGUCUCAAAACACCUGGAGGGCCAAGUUUGCCUAUGGCUGCUCUCCAUCAUAGGUCUUCAACUAGUGGGUCAUGGCCUGAUCUAUGGUGGGUCACAACUGCAGUGCUACAACCAAACCAAUAUAUUGCUAAAAACCUUAGUGAGUCCUCAAAUGCAUGCUUGGGCUGAAAGUUGGUCCUGGGUCUCAGAAGGCUGAAUAUUGCUGCUCUAGAUGCCACCUGUGGCACAAAGUGCCUUUUCCCAGCUUACGGUAGUACAUCAGCUAUGAUCACUUUUGAAAAAAGAAAACCUGACCACUGUUAUCCGCAUCCUGUUCAAAUCCAGAUUAAACUACUACAGUGCAUUCAUGCCCUGAGCUGCCUUUGAAAUUGGCUCAGAAUAUGGUAGCUGGAUGGUUGGCAGGUGCUGGUAGCCAGUUAGAAACCACACCACCAGUUUUAAAAGAGCUGCGCUGGCUUCCUAUCUGAGCACAGCUCAGAAUUUUCCUUUUAACCUGAAAAGCCCUAUAUAGCUUGGAACCCAGAUUUCUAAAGGCCCAUAUGCUCAUCUUUGAACAACAUUCUCCAGUGCUCCCCCCCCCCCUGCUUUGUUUGAGGUGACAACUAGGGUGGUGACUUGAAUAAAAGGCCUUUUUAGUGGUAGCAACUCAGCUCUACAAUGCCCUUUCCAAGGUUUCUAUCCAAACACCUAGCUUCAUCAAUCUGAGGCACCAGGUUAAAUUUAAAAUAGUAUGCAAAUGUGGAUUUUCAUGCCAGUUGUUUUUAAUGCACAUUAAUGCGGAAAUGUAAUGGAAGAGAUUUAUGAAUGAACACAGGAGAAAGUGAUACAGAUUGGAAAUAAGAUGAUUCAUCCCUUCCAGCUUGAUCCAGUUUUCAUGCUAAUUUAUUUAGAUUUAUAUGUUAAGCAUUGUGGUCAUGAAAUAGAAUUACUUUGAAAUUAAGUAUGUCAAUCCUCACAUUAAAAAACCAACAUCGUGUCUUUUCUAUCUCACAGUUUUCCAUCUUUCAUUUGUUUUCCUUUCUUGGCAAGUUGAUUCAGUCUUUGCCUAUUAUUUUUUCCUGUGGUUUUUAAAAUGAUGCAUGCACACCACAUACACAUCUUAAAGGAUAGGCAGAUGACAUGGAUCUUCUCAAUAUGCGAUGGGCUACAAGCCAAUGCAGCUAACCCACGAGUAAAGCAUUAUAAUGCCAUAUGCAUGAUUACACAUAUUAUACUAAGUAAACAGCUCAGAUUAAAAUAAAUGAUUUGGCUCUGUACAAGUACAGUUGAUAAUUUCAUAUUUGCUUACCUUUUCGCUAAGUAAAUAAAUAAGAAGCACAUCACAAGGAGACUUACUUCAUUUCCCAUGGGUAGGUAAUGAAAGAAACAAAUUAUGAAAACAUCUAAUUUUUAAAGGAAUUAAAAUAAAAACAAUAACCAGCUGGGAUCUAAUUAAUUUCAUGUGUCAAACAUAUUUCAGUAGAGCUGCAUGAGUUUCAUCCUGCAGUUUUAUUCUUAUGAGCAGCCACAGAAUUCAUCAUUAGUUACAUUGAAUGAAAAAGAGCAGUGUGGUUUUCUUCACUAAGCCAUACAUGCAGAAAGGUCCCACUGAAAUUCAGAAGUCUAGCUGAGAGGGCAGAAAUGAGGGCAGAGAGAGUUUUGUGUGUUUCUCCUUCCUUUUCUGUUUUGUGUUUCCAGUGGAAGGGAAAUAAACUGCAACAAUUCCUGGGCUGGGUUAGCAUAGGUUUCUCCCUGGAUUGAGAAGGCUUCGGAUCCAAGUCCUCCUCCUUAUCAAUCCCAGCAGGCCCCCCAAUCUACCCCCAGCACCAGACCCUCCAAAUUUCCCUAUUUUCCAGGGGUGUCCAAUUUAGAGAAGCUGUCCUGGUUUCUGAUUUGAUCCCAGAAUGUCCCACUUUUCCUUAGGAUGUCCCUAUUUUCAUUGGAGAAAUGUUGGAGGGUAUGGCAUUAUCCAACCCGAGCCGUCUGAAGGCAAUCCUGUAUCGGGAAGUUUUUUAAAUGUUUAACAUUAUGUUUUUAUAUGUGUUGGAAGGUGCCCAGAGUGGCUGGGGCAACCCAGUGAGAUAUGGGGGGGGGGUUAUAAAUAGUAAAAAGGGAUUGUGGAAUGGGAUGUCCCUAUUUCCAUUGGAGACAUGUUGGAGGGUAUGGAGCACGUCCCUUUUCCAGGCCUACCAACUCUGCUACUCUGAUGUCAUUGGGGCCGCAAAGGUUUCUGAGGUUGUAUGGGGGAAAUCUGACAUGAGUUCCCAUUUGGAGAGAGAGAUCUGAUGCUUCCUAUGGAAGUUCAUUACUUUCCUAACCAGUGGUGAAAACAAGAAACUAAAAAAAUAGGAUGUGAUACAGAGAAGCUAAUAUUGUCAACAUUAUUAUCUCCAUAGUCAGCCUGUGCUUACUUUCAACCAGUUCAGACUGUGCCUAGCCAUUGUAAGCACCACACUCUUAGGAUAAUUUUUUCACUGCUUAUUCCCAAACAAAGACCAUGUCCAUUUGCCCUCAAUGCAAACUUCACCCAUUUCAGGCUAAGCUGGGUGAAUUGGCUUUGAUUCACAAUGAAGAAUACUGAUUUGCCACAACAUCACCUGGCAAGCUACUUGGAAGGCUACAAACAGAACAAAGAAUCUCAACCCGUAUUUUUCCACUAAAUUAGUUGUUUCUGUUCUCCUUAAUGUACAGGCAGAUUGUUUUCAUGGUCAUUAGGAUUACUUCAACUCUCCAAGGAAAUCACUCUUAUUGUAUAGAUUGCUGCAGAGUAUUCAUGUUAAACUUUCGUUUCUUUUAAAGAAGCAGCCAUUUCCCUGAGAAGCCCUACUUAUGUGUAAAGCUUAAACUAUUUUUUCAGUGAAAUGUGACAUUUACCACUACCUUAAUCUCGGAAAGAUUGGGAGGGGAGUUGGGUGGCUUCUCUUGGCCUUGCUUUUCUGUCUAUGCAUUGAUCCAACGUUGUAUGCAAGUGGGAGAGACUUGCGCCAUACGACGUGGGAAUGUGAAUUUUGCAGCAUCCAUGAUCACAUGUACAGAAACUACAUAUGAUGGUCAGAUAAAUGUGAUAACUGACAGCAGUGAAAGGCACUGGGUUUUGUUAUGGCAUUAUGACAUUCUUCCUGUAAUGUUAGAUGAACUGCAACAGCCCAUGGACACAUGCAAGUAAUUGCAUAAUGUUGCAAUCAUUGAGCGUCACAUUUGCCUACUUCCCAUUGGCACCAGUUGUAUCUGUAUACUCGUAACUUCCUUAUGGUUUGAAUUUUUGUACACCCACAAGCUUUGCCCCAAUCUUAUGAGGUGCAUCUUAUUUUUCCUCCCCAUGUUGAGGCAAAUGGGGCCCUGCUUUGAAUGAGAAAAAAGUGGUAUUACAAAGCUCAAGAGUACAGUUGAUUUGAAAAGGCAGCAGAGAAUGAAGGGAGAGAGGGUGGUUGGAAUAUGUGUGGGAUCUGCAUUGGCAUAAGAAUAAAAGGGGUCACUAGUGGAAGGAAAGAUGGAGAAUAAAUUCAGUUCUCCUAGCAUUUAAAGGUGACCCUGCAACAUUUGCAUUUUCCAAAAUGGCAAACUGAAGCACAGACUUCCUUCAACGUUUUCGCAAUUCUGCAAUGUUCUUGCUGCAGCUAUCCUGUUUUUGCAGUGAAAAUGACUGCUAAAACAAAACAAAAAACCCCAAACACUGCUUUCUUUAUCCAUUGCCAAAAUUACAGGAGUCCUGACAGAAUAAAAGGUAACAAUUAAUUGGCAACAACAACAGCAACAAAUAAAAAACCUCGUAUUUUCUCACUAUAACAAAUUUUGCAACUUGUCAGUGAGAACUUCUAGCAUCACUACACUACCAUGCUAGAGAAAGCUACACAGAAUUGCACCCUGUUGUGCAGCUGUUGAAAGCAGAAGCACCAUGCCAGAAAGGGAGAAACAUCUGGCAAAACAUUACAGGUGGUGUACAAUAGAGAAGUAUAAUCUUCCUGCCCAGUAUGCUAAAAUAGUUUGCAUCAGUCUCUGAUUAGCUUCCAGAUUUCUGGGCAUCUGAGUAAGCCGAACUGCCAAAACUUUCAAGGUUCUCACAGAAUUAAUUAACACUUACAGAGAAGCAUCUGACAUGAACUAGGAAAGUAGGCUAUGGCACUGUGCUUCUCUCCGUGCAUCUUUGAACGGCAGCCCUCUGUCUUUGUGCUAUUUUAUCUCUGAGCUUUGUUCUUUAAAAACCCUGUUUUAUGUAAGCUCCACAUCAGAAUGUGUUUCCUCUGUUCUGCUGCUUUGGCAGGUCCUGCAUUCAUCUCACAGCUAUUACUACGCAUCUUGUUGUCUCCAGCUUUAUUUGCAGCACCAGGUGUAAAUAAGUGACAGGAGGAUCACAGGUGGUUAUCAGGACAGGCACUGUGCUUCUAGAAAGCUGGCCAUUAAAACACCCAGAACAUUGUGUAUGAUAACACUGGGGAACCACUUUGACAUGAAAUGUUUGUAUCUAGAAAAAUGUAGUUUCCCCAGCAUUGAAGAAUAACAGCCUUUUUCUUCUUCCGUCUACAGGCAGUGGGGGAUGGGGACGGGGACAGAGAACAUCAGUGUAAAUACGCACAUUUAUUUUCAUAAAAGAGCUACUUGCUUGGUUUUAUGAAAUGUUAGCAGUGAAUAUUAGGAAACCUGUUUCUAAAGUGCGUUCCCAGCUUCCCAACUGACUUUAAAUGGAAUUUCUACUAGUACUAACAGGGGAGAAAUAUCGGAAUGCAAUCACAUGUGCAUGCACACACCCACCCACCACUGUGAGCAUAACUCCCCAUUUUCCUUUCCCCUCGCCUCAGACUCCUUUCCCAAAUCACAGAUUCCUAAGGGAAGACAUUAUUCCACAAUUUCAAAUGCAAGUCCAAUGGAUGCCGCUGUAGUUGAUGUUCUGUCGAGUAUGUGAUGCAAGAGUACCAUGUAUCUAUAAAAUCACCCCAAUCUCUCUUUCCAGCUAAGGCUUUAAUUUUCUUGGUCAUUUAUAUUUUUUUUCUGAAGGUAAUCCAAACUUUCAUUUCCAUUGUGACAUUUGCAAGUGUUCUAAUUUUGGGUUGUCAAACUGCUACUUAAAGAAAAGCAAUCAAUUAUUUGUAUCUCAGCUUGACAUUUUCAUUUUUAAAGAUUGUUACCAGUACUAAAGGUGGGGUGCAAAUAACAUUUGUUUUGUGAUCAAACUUAUUUCACCAACAGCAUUUUUCCAAAAUGGCUGUAAUUUGCUGCAGGCCCAUGGCAUAUGUCUAUGUUCCAAUCUCUUUACACCCUCUCCAGCAAAGAGCAGAAAUAGCUUCAUUAAUAUGACUGCACCUCAAAGGUGUUAAAUGCCACCUGUGUAGCAGCUUAAGAGUAUUCUGUUUUAUGAGCCUGGGCACUGAAUUUAGGGGCUUUUUGCCCCACAGGCUCUGCCAAUCUACCUCCUCAAUUACUGUAUCUAGAUCAGAUUCCCAAGUAUGUUUCAUCAAAUUUGUUUGUCCUAAUCGUAUGUCACUAAUGAUUUUAUAAAUUAUUGAUUAUGUAUGUUUAGAUUCUGUGUUAGUACUUAAAGUUAGAUUUUCAAAUGGUGUUAGAGUUCUGGAUGCAUGCACGAUAACUGUUGGAUAUGCUAGAAAGUGCACCAGCCUUGGGCUUACAGGCUCCCUCUUCCACUUUCCCUUUCCUUUCGCAUACCAAUAUUUCUACACUUCCUGACAAUCCAUAAUUUGCUCUCUCGUUGAAACUUGAGAGGGGGGAGUUUGAACAAACCAGAGUUUGCCCAUGAGAACCAGGAAGUACAAAAAUUGUUGUGCAUGGGGGGGAUGGGAGAAAUUAUGGGAGAAAGUGUUUUCAGCAGCCCAGAGUUUUUCCAAAGGGCUUCAACAAGUAAAACUGAUGAGAAAUGGGAAGUACUUUUUCAUUAUCAGCAGUUCAGCUUUUGGGAGGAAAGAAUACCUCAUGUCCUCAGAUAAUUCAUUAAUUAAGGUAUUUUGCUCCUACGUGAAAGCCAACCAAGGAAGAGGAAGAAUAUAAUAAAUAAAAUAUAAGGUUGCAUAUGUUUCUGAUAAUAAAGAAUAGAAUGAUGAAUAAUACAUAGCCUUUUUGGUAAUAAAAACAGCAUUCUUGUUAAAAUUGCAUUUCCCUUCACUAUAAUUUGCCAAUUUUACAUGUUUAUGUCUUUGGUUAAGAAAAAAAAACCUUUGCAGAACUUUGAGAUCAUGUAAGAACAGCAAGUCUUCAUUUCUUAUUCAAUAGAUUUUGUAGAGCCCAGUUUAUUUGCUGGUGACUUCAGAUUCAGUGUGAAAGUUACCAUGAUCUAGUGAAUAGAGCUGACCUAACCAAUAUAAGAGCCACCAUAACCUGAAUGUAGUCCACCAACCAUAUAUAGUGGCCAACCAAGAUGCCUGGACUUCCCCCACCAAUUGUUUUUGUAGUCCCAGGCAGGUCACAGGUAGCAAAACACAGUUGUUUAUUGUACCAUGUAAAGAAAUUGGGUUUUUGGCUGCUGAGCAUGUUUCACAAAUGAAGUCUAUGUUCUCUUGCUUUCUGAUAUGAUCUUCAGUUGUAUUGGUUCAUGCAAUUGAUUUUGCCUUUGCCUUUGAUACACUGUCCUUCUGUUGGUCAUCCCUGUCGUUUGUCAUGCUCUUUUUUCUUCUCACAGUUUUAAACUCUAAGGUCCUUGCAGCAAAAAAAGAACCUGUCUUGUCACUUAGCUUUAUAAAGCACAGUGACAUUCAUGUGACUAUAUCAGAGAUAGUUGGAGGGGCUGUAUCAAAAUAUGCAGUGAAUAGGGAUUCUCUGCUGUGGAUUAUUCUGUAAAGCAUGUCCUAUGCUACUAGAGAAAAACCUUCUUUUGUAUCUGAAGAAAAGUUAUUUAAAUUUUAGAAUGAGUUUAUGACAAGAAUGAUAAAAUGGCUUCAAUCUGUGAAUUCAAACACUGAAGAUAAUGCAAAGCUGGAACAUUCUUUGUGUCAGGAAGCACUGUCUAAUUUUUCCCCCUGCUAAUAAAUACUGGCUUCUGCUGGGCACUAAUCUCUUGGCAGAAAUUUAUGAGAAAAAAAUUAGAUGUUUCCCAAUAAAAAUUUAUAAUGGAAGCAAGCAGUGUAUGCUUUCAUCCAGGUAAGAUGAAGAAGCAGAGACACCCUUAAGAGGUUGCAAAGUCUUAUUUGCCAUCAAAUUGGAGAACAUGACAGCUUCCAUUAAAAGAAAGAUUUCCUAGUGCCAUGACAAUAGCUUUAAACUAAACCAAACAAGGGAUAUAAAUUAUUCUCAGGGUCUUGUUCUAAUAGCAAUGCUAGAUGGCUUUCUUUUUUCCUAUUGCUGUUUGAUUGAUGUUCUUUCUCAGAAGACCUAAAAGGUGACAACCAAAAAAUUCCCACACAUCUUGUGAGAUGGAUUUUUGUCUGGAUUGUAAACCAUAAAUUGUCCCCCACUUAGGCAAUAUUCAAGUAUAAUAAUAAAUCUUGUCUUGCUGCCUUGAAUUUUCUUGAUAAACCCUUCGACCUGCUACUCCUUGUCUCUUUGAAAUCUAAACGUCUUUGAAUCAAAGUUUAUUCUUCAAGAAACAGAAGAACAAUAAUCAUCUUCUGUUAGGACAUGUGUAGCAUGUUCUCACUAAUUUAAUUAUUGUCAUUUUCUUAACAGCUUGCACAGACAAGGAGCUGAGGACCCUUGCAUCCCGCCUAAAAGACUGGUUUGGUGCUCUUCAUGAAGAUGCAAAUCGUGUCAUCAAGCCAACCAGCUCGGAUUCAGCACAAGGCAGUAAGAUGACAAUCUAA